AUGUCAGACAAGAUGUCCAGUUUCCUCCACAUAGGGGACAUCUGCUCCCUCUAUGCAGAGGGCUCCACCAGUGGAUUUAUCAGCACUUUAGGGUACGUCUGUCUGCCUACUGUUAUACUGCUGCAUAUGAAUCCCAUCCCUCUCAACUUGAAUUUGUCAUCAAAACCCCACUGAUAUUCAUCAGACAUUAUUUUAUAGGAAGACACAUGCUCAUAGACUCAUGUCUGUCACAGUACACAUCCAAGAUCAGACACAGGUUUGUGUACAUUUACGCAUAAACAUGCAAAUACACAGACAGAACCAGGUGGCAGUGAAAUAAUUAACCUGGUUGGUGUUUGGGACCAGGGAGGCAGCUGGAACUGCUGCCAAGGUGAUCACGUCAAAUAAUGUAAGGGUUUAUUUAACGGCUUAGUCGGAGUCAUGGCUUUUAUUUCACAAGCUUUAAUAAUGUUUGCUCCCCUAGUGUUAUUAGCAGAAUAAACCCUUGCUCAUUCCAUUGUUAUUAAAGUAACGGCGUUUCAUACUGGUUUCAGCCGAUGUGGUGGAGCAUAUAAUAAGAAAAGCUAGAUUGCAGAAUGCUUGUCAUUGAGGUGAUAAUGUUUUAUGCCCUUAGAACACAUUUUGAGAAAUGGCAAGGGAGAGAGUGUUUGGAACUGGAGUGUGAGAGUCAGAGGGCGGUCACAGACAAUUUUGGAGUCCAGCUGAGAAUGUAGAAUAGCAGUGGAGAGGGAGAGAGAAGUGAGAGGGAGGGCUGAGGCCACAGAAGUGAGGGUGUUAAAGGCAAAGGAGAGCAUGAGGGGGAGGAGAAAGUGAAACCGUAGGGAUGGUGAGUGUCAGGGAAGAGAGGAAUGUGGUUGAACAAGUAAAAUGUUAUAUUGAAUGGGAUAGUGUCAGUGGGACAAGGAGCAGGUGAUGUGUUGGCUGUUUAUAGGAUGUGUUGGCUGUCCUCUUUGUCUCUCUUCCAAGUGGUACCAUUAGUAAAACCAUAAAAUGAUGGGCCUAAGUGGCUUAAAUUAUUCCUGUGUUUGAAUUUAAAUAUUGAGAACUUAUGCUGUUACAUUAUACAGAAGUGACUGCUCAAAUUAAACUGUACAUUUUAACUCCAGUCCUUCCCCAUAAGUGCUCACACCCAUUUAUCAGCGAGAACAGCAUUUUCACGCCUAGACUUUCAACACGGCCACGUUGAGGGAGAUUAUUGGCUGAAAUGUGAGCUGAAUUCACAACAACGUUGAUGGGCUUGACAACACUUCAGCCUCUAGUUCUCUGGCGUCAGAGCAGCGUAACCUCCUUCCUGUUCCUCCCUUCUAGUUUCUGCUCCUGCCUGUUUGUUGUUCUUUUCCCUCAGUGAAAAUGAACACAGUAUCUGUCUUGCCUUCUCCACUCUUAGCCUCCUUUUUAGCGUUGGGAUUCAUGCCUCUUAAUCAUACCUAGUCACUAUCUGGCCCUUAGCUGGGGCCCCAUUCAAGCCUUGCCCUGCCAUCUCUCAAGAAGCCCCUGCUCUUACAGGAAUUGGCGUCGUGUGUCACCAGGCCAUGGAAACAAAUGUGUGCAUGGCUUUGAAGAGCGGCACCUUGACCGUACUCAUUUGUCAAGUUGCCCGCCUGGCACUGUUCUGCCUGGUAAUCACUUUUUUUCUCCCUCUGGUCCCCUCCCUGUUGUGGUGGCCCUCUGUUAGAUGAGCUAAAGGGAAGGAGCUAUAUUUAGCAACAGCAGGCAGUGUACAGGAGACUGUUGGUUGUCUCUGUGUAUCAUACUGACCAUUAUAAAGCUUUAUAAUGAGCCACCUGGAGCACAGAGCAAGACUGCUGCCCUCUGCUGAUUUUACAUCAACGUUAUUACACCUCUUUACAGGCUCUGCAUAGAAAUUCAGUUGAAGGACAUCUAGCAUGUUCCUUUUAUAGCCCGUGCAGUGUGUAGGCUGUAUUGUUCUGUAGGACAUUAUUAUAUUGUUUAAAUAAUGUAUCAUUCAUGCAGAUACAUCUAUCCAUGAUCAGUACAAUGCAGUACAUCCAUGUGAUGCAUGGACAAGAUAUUAGUAAAUAAAACAAAUAGCCUAAAACUAUCGUAACCGGAUUAAUUUCCCUUGGGGAGAUGCUUACAGUGUGUUUUUAUUUAAACAAUAUAAUAAUGUCCUACAGAACAAUACAUAGCCUACACACUGCACAGGCUAUAAAAGGAAAACGCUGACUGGACUGGCUCUAGAACCCCAUCGAGGUGUCAUAUUUAUCUUUCCGACUACCUGCCAAGCAUCCUGUGUUUUGCAGCCAGGAAUAAAUCUGAGGCCUAUAAUGGACUGUGCUUUUAUGAAAUGGAUUAUUCCAUGGGUGUUACAGCUGUGUAGUAACACUGUAAUUACUAUAGUAACAGCAUUGUAGUUACAUUAUCUUAAGUGCUUUGGGUGUGCUUUAUAAUGACAAACUAAGGGAGUUGAAUGUGUUUUGCUACUACACAAUUAGAAUAAGGAAUGGUCUCUAUUCCUCUUGUGUAAUUACAAUAAACAUGCAACUCCAUUACUGUUAUUAGUUAACAAUACUAUCUAACAUGUCAAUACAAUGUUGUGCCUUGUGUAAUAAGUGUUGCUACACAUAUAUAAGAGCAACAACUCUGAUUUAAAAUGUCAGAUACUAAUAGUGUUAAUGCAUCAGCAGAAUGCUCCAAGAAUGAGGAUCCAUAUGAAUACUUAUUCUGAUUAUUGCAUUGCUGCACCAAAAUAGGAAUGGGUGGUGUCUGGUGAGUAUGCAGGUCAUGGAAGAACUGGGACAUUUUCAGCUUCCAGGAAUUGUGUACAGAUCCAUGCGACAUGGGGCCGUGCAUUAUCAUGCUGAAACAUGAGGUGAUGGCGGUGGAUGAAUGACACGAAAAUGGGACUCAGGAUCUCAUCACGGUAUCUCUGUGCAUUUUAAAUUGCCAUUGAUAAAAUGCAAUUUAGUUUGUUGUCCCUAGCUUAUGCCUGCCAAUACCAUAACCCCACCGCCACCAUGAGGCAUCAGCAAACCGCUCGCCCACACGACACCAUACAGUUGAAACUAGGAUUCAUCCGUGAAGAGCACACUUCUCUAGUGUGCCAGUACCAUCGAAGUUGAGCAUUUGCCAACUGAAGUCGGUUAUGACGCCAAACUGCAGUCAGGCCAAGACCCUGGUGAAGAUGACGAGCACGUAGAUGAGCUUCCCUGAGACGGUUUCUGACAAUCUGUGCAGAAAUUAUUCUGUUAUGCAAACCCACAGUUUCAACAGCUGUCCGGGUGGCUCAUCUCAGACUAUCCCGCAGGUGAAAUUUGAAAUGUGUAAGUCGCUCUGGAUAAGAGCGUCUGCUAAAUGACUUAAAUGUUUAAUGUUUGCUUUCUUAAGGCUCAUAAGGCUCAAUGGAUUUAGAUGUUUAGGAGUUAGGCUAAAUGUGAAUAGCCAUGGAAUAAUAAGUAUUAUUAGUAAUAAGGCUAAAAAAUAGUUUUAACCACCUAAAAGCUUUAUUUACAGGCACAGCCCCAAGCCUUUAAUAUUCCUAAUUUCACUAGCUUUUACCAAACCAAAUAUUUAUUUUCACAAAUUUCAGCCAGGAAUGCAGAGGAAAUUUCAGCUGACGCUGUUCUUGCUCCGCAAAUUUUUUAGCUCAGAAGGUUUGGUUUAGGUCUGAGUGAGCAGACUGGCUUAGUAUUGCUAUGAAUUUUCUUACAGCGGGUAGAGGAUGAAACGUAGUUCAUCCACAAUUUGGACUGCUUGAUUUCAGGCCUUUAUGUCCUUAUAGGUUCUCUCAAUGUGCAGCCUCCAGAGAGGGCUGCUGGAUGCCUCUGUGCACUGCUCGGCCAAAAUUGGGCAUACUGAGUUUGAUGGGCAGUUCUCACAGCAAUCUGCCCUCUACAUCUCUUGACCAAUAUUCCUGUUGUUGAUACAAUGAAGUAGUGGCAUUAUGCGCUGUGAUGCUGAUUGGUGACACAUGCAGGGUUCGCAUAGUCUGGCUGCCACCUAACUCCAAGACUUCAGAGUCUGGAAAGGCUCUUUUGAUGUUGUCGGCACAAUGCGUCGAUAAUGAAGGGGCUGUUCUUUUUUAUUGAUUGGUUUUCAUCUGUGUCUUUCUUACUCAAACAUCCACAUGUACAGCCACACAAAGCCCCGAGCUCCGCCCCCUUCCAAUACAGUUGUUGUCUCAACCCCCCCAGAAAAAGAAAACGUCUAAAGAGAACCAAUCUAAGCUCAGCAAGAAAUAAGCACAAAUCUGUGCAAAUACUGCAUUUACAACGGCCUCCUGUCCAGACCAGUGUUGUCAGCUCUCCCUCACUGACCAUGUGAGUUGCAUCAGCCAGGCUAGGAAUAGCAUAGAUCAAAUAUAGGUCAUAGUUAUGAGUAAAAGAGAGGUUAUAAUACAGAUGGGGAUUACAGUAUUGAGCGACUCAACAUCAUUGUUUGUGCUGUGUGUAUGCACGUGUAUCAGUGGCAUUCACUGCUCAGAAUGAAACUUGUGGCUGAUGUAUUGUUUGUCUGUUUCUGCAGGCUAGAUGUAUGUGUAGUCAAAGGGAUGAGUAUUAUGAGUGUUUGAUUGACAGCUGUCAUUGCUCUUCCUGUUCCCAGGCUUGUGGAUGACCGCUGUGUGGUACAGCCAGACACAGGGGACCUCAACAACCCGCCCAAGAAGUUCAGAGGUAAUGAAUACAUCCCUUCUAUCACUCUGUUCAGGCUGCUGUUCAAAUGCAAGCAUUCAACCCAUGCUGACUUUUUGAUCCUACAGUAAGGAGUUAUGGCAUUGAUGAAUGUGACCUUUUUUCACUCUAGUUUGCUCUCUCAGUCCAAUCUCUGCUCAGAUGUCAUUACAAUGGCUAUGUCAGCUGGAAAAAGCCUUGUAGAAUCUCUUCCAACUCUGAGGCCAUCAUGGCAAGAGGAUUAUAACUAAGUACUGUGUGUUUAACCCAGUGGUUUGUGCUCCAUGUAACCAUUAGAUCAGUAGUUGACACAGAGGAGAUUUAAAAGGUCUGUUGAGACAUGGAGCCGUAACCCCUGAUCCUUUGUUAUGACUGAUGUCUGUGGAAAUGAAACUCUACUGAAGCUAAUUAACCUUGCAUUCACCUGCCUCCCCUCAGUGAAAUGUGGCACUAGGCUAUAUUACAGGACAGGCUACAUUACAGUAGAGUUAAUACACCACAUUGUGUCACCUAGUGAGACGCCUGUACCCUGUGUUGACUCUGGGGGGUGGGGGGGAGAAUGUUUAACUCUGAUGUCCUUUGUUCUUUCACCACUUAAACCUAAUGUGAAGUUAAGGAAUUUUCCUCCAUGUUAUUCUCAUACUUUUAUCUGGUAGUGGCAGCAUUUUGAAAUUUAAAGGUGUUUGCAAAUGUAUCAAAUGUCUUUAGACUGUGAAAUAUUCUGUGAAGCGUUUUGAUGGCAGAGUGCCAUGUUUCUUUCAUUAUUGAGGCUGACUUAUGCAGUCCAUUUCCUGCAAAUGUAAGCAGUGUGGAUUACGCCAGGACAUCUCUGAGUUUAGUGUUCAGAGACUGUCUGGAACUGCCUUGUGUGUACUGUGAGUAAGGGAUAAUAGGUUAUUUACUGGCAGUUUCUCAAGGCAUUCAGGAUUGUUCUCAGGACUACAUUUUACAUUUACAUUUUAGUCAUUUAGCAGACGCUCUUAUCCAGAGCGACUUACAUUGCAUUCAUCUUAAGGUAGCUAGGUGAGACAACAACAUCACAAUCGUAGCACGGGGGAGGGGGGGACAUAUUUAAGAUACUCUUCUUUUAAUAUACUCGCGAGACUUAUUUAAGAUACUCUUUAAAGAGAUAGGGUUUCAGAUGUUUUGGGGAAAAUGGGUAGGGACUGACAUUAGGGGGAAGCUUGUUCCACUGUUGGGGAGCCAGGACAGAGAAGAGCUUUGACUUCAAGACUAUAAGAAUUAAGCUAGUAUAUAGCCUGGUCAUGAGUCAUGGUCAGGGGUUCAUGCAUUAGAUCUGAUUGAUCUACAUACAGUAUAUCUUUCUUGACAGGUCUGAUAGGCUUCACUGCUCAUAUCCGAAGUAUUUCCAUGAACAGAUUAGCAUUCCAAGUCAUAUAGAUUGAUGCAGUAGUGCAGAUGAUGCAUCCUACUGGGUGUUGGGACUCCUGUGUGUUGGGACUCCUGUGUGUUGCCAGGGUUUGCCUACAGUAAUGUUGUCUGUGAAAUCUCAAACUGUUUGGUGGUUCUGAGGCCCAUUUGUGCCUAAAGCAAGCCCUUGCGAUGUCUUGAUUUGAAUGCAAACCCUUGUUCCCAGCGUGCUGUUAUUGGGGUUUGGAUUUGAGCAGGCUGAGGCAGCAACCAAAAUAGUUGUUUGAUGUGAAAUUCUGUUUACUUCACUUUCACUGUAACUAGAGCUUCAUAUCUUCAGAGGCAUCUUAAUCCAUUAACAACAACACUGUCCUCAAAGAAAAAAAUUAAUUAUAAGAGUGUAUUUUGAUGCCACUGCUGUUGUAAAUCCUACCACAUUUCAUACUUGGAUGUUUUGGAGUUCACGUUUAUUGCUUCAACAUGUCUAAUGCCAUGGGUUUGUUGUGUAGUCAUUCAACAACACCAAAAUGUCGGCCCAAUUACUCUGAUUAGAGAGGUGAUAGUACACUGGGAUUCGUGCCUUCACUGGUGUUCUUCAUUUAUUGCCAUGGCUGUCUGUCAGUGUGAACUGGAACCGGGUCAAUCCUAUUGCCAUAGUAACAACAUAUUGGCCUUUCCCAGAUGGAGAUUUCAACGGUGGAUGACGUGUGCUACUGUCUCUUUUUAGCUCAUGUUGAACACAUCUGCUUUGUGCGUAAUGCAAAUGAUGAAUUCCAUAAUGAAAUGUAUUUGGUACAGAAUAUGAUAAUAAUAGACUACACUCAUUUAUACUAGCACUUUGAUUGAAACUAAUUAGGUUAUUUUGGAGAAAAGGCUAUCUACCAGCUAUGGAUUUGUAUGAUUGGUUGGGGUUUAUAUCAAGCUUCUGUUUUUAACUUUAUUCUCAGUCUUGGUGAAGAUAUGUAACUUUUUCCCCCACUAACUCAAAACCAUACAACCUAGCCUAUACGUUAUUGAGCUUUCUAGUCUGAUCAGUGAUGUCAGACAAUAAAACACCCUGAGUGUUGACAGUUUUUACAGUGGAUGCCUCCCUUUACCUCAAGGUCAGUGCAGAAUGAUUCUGGUAGCAGCAGGGAAGGCCAGCUGGGAGUGGUUGUGAGACUCCUGCUGAUGGGCACCUGGAAGCGCUGGCUGCAUACUGUCUCUGUCUCUAAUCUAGCCCUUUUCAAAUUAGCAUAAGACCCUGGCAGGCCUCCAGAGCAGACCUUUGUAAAUUAAUUUUUGAGUGAAAUGACGUGAUUGCCAAUGUGAGUUUCAUUUACUCUAAUCAAGGUCAUGGAAAUUAAAUUGACCUUUUUAUCCCUGAAAAUGAGAGCCCCGCUUUACUUUAAAUAGCACGUCCGUGUCAUUGUCACACGAAUCACUCUAUAUUAUGCCAACCUUCAGUGACAAUGGUGACAAAAUGAAGAUGUAAUGAAACACACCACAACUACUCUAGUAUAUUGCACUCUCCAUCUGUCGCCAGAUAUCAAAGAUCACCUGCACUGUAGCACAAUGGAAGAUGAUUAAAUGUAAGGAGACAUGUCUGUUGUUGCUCAGGACAAUUUAUUGCUUCUGGUUAGUUUGGGAGGUUAGUUGUGUGCUUUGCUAAAUGGAUGGUUUUUGUUUUUGGCGCAGGAGCUCAAUAUAUACAGUGAGGGAAAAAAGUAUUUGAUCCAAUCCCCUGUAUUUGAUCCAAUCCCCUGCUGAGUUUGUACGUUUGCCCACUGACAAAGAAAUGAUCAGUCUAUCAUUUUAAUGGUAGGUUUAUUUGAACAGUGAGAGACAGAAUAACAACAACAAAAUCCAGAAAAACGCAUGUCAAAAAUUUUAUAAAUUGAUUUGCAUUUUAAUGAGGGAAAUAAGUAUUUGACCCCCUCUCAAUCAGAAAGAUUUCUGGCUCCCAGGUGUCUUUUAUACAGGUAACGAGCUGAGAUUAGGAGCACACUCUUAAAGGGAGUGCUCCUAAUCUCAGCUUGUUACCUGUAUAAAAGACACCUGUCCACAGAAGCAAUCAAUCAAUCAGAUUCCAAACUCUCCACCAUGGCCAAGACCAAAGAGCUCUCCAAGGAUGUCAGGGACAAGAUUGUAGACCUACACAAGCCUGGAAUGGGACCAUCGCCAAGAUGCUUGGUGAGAAGGUGACAACAGUUGGUGCGAUUAUUCACAAAUGGAAGAAACACAAAAGUGGUCCUCUGUAGCUCAAUUGGUAGAGCAUGGCGCUUGUAACGCCAGGGUAGUGGGUUCGAUCCCGGGACCACCCAUACGUAAAAAAUGUAUGCGCAGAUGACUGUAAGUCGCUUUGGAUAAAAGCGUCUGCUAAAUGGCUUAUUAUUAUUAUUAUUAUUAUUAUUAUUAUUAUUAUUAUUAUUAUUAUUAAAAUAACUGUUAAUCUCCCUCUGCCUGAGGCUCCAUGCAAGAUCUCACCUCGUGGAGUUGCAAUGAUCAUGAGAACGGUGAGGAAUCAGCCCAGAACUACACGGGAGGAUCUUGUCAAUGAUCUCAAGGCAGCUGGGACCAUAGUCACCAAGAAAACAAUUGGUAACACACCUCGCCGUGAAGGACUGAAAUCCUGCAGCGUGCGCAAGGUCCCUCUGCUCAAGAAAGCACAUAUACAGUGAGGGAAAAAAGUAUUUGAUCCCCUGCUGAUUUUGUACGUUUGCCCACUGACAAAGACAUGAUCAGUCUAUAAUUUUAAUGGUAGGUUUAUUUGAACAGUGAGAGAGAGAAUAACAACAACAAAAUCCAGAAAAACUCAUGUAAAAAAUGUUAUAAAUUGAUUUGCAUUUUAAUGAGGGAAAUAAGUAUUUGAUCCCUCUGCAAAACAUGACUUAGUACUUGGUGGCAAAACCCUUGUUGGCAAUCACAGAGGUCAGACGUUUCUUGUAGUUGGCCACCAGGUUUGCACACAUCUCAGGAGGGAUUUUGUUCCACUCCUCUUUGCAGAUCUUCUCCAAGUCAUUAAGGUUUCGAGGCUGACGUUUGGCAACUCGAACCUUCAGCUCCCUCCACAGAUUUUCUAUGGGAUUAAGGUCUGGAGAUUGGCUAGGCCACUCCAGGACCUUAAUGUGCUUCUUCUUGAGCCACUCCUUUGUUGCCUUGGCCGUGUGUUUUGGGUCAUUGUCAUGCUGGAAUGCCAAUCCACAACCCAUUUUCAAUGCCCUGGCUGAGGGAAGGAGGUUCUCACCCAAGAUUUGACGGUACAUGGCCCCGUCCAUCGUCCCUUUGAUGCGGUGAAGUUGUCCUGUCCCCUUAGCAGAAAAACACCCCCAAAGCAAAAUGUUUCCACCUCCAUGUUUGACUGUGGGGAUGGUGUUCUUGGGGUCAUAGGCAGCAUUCCUCCUCCUCCAAACACGGCGAGUUGAGUUAAUGCCAAAGAGCUCGAUUUUGGUCUCAUCUGACCACAACACUUUCACCCAGUCCCCCCCGGAAUCAUUCAGAUGUUCAUUGGCAAACUUCAGACGGGCAUGGACAGUGAGGGAAAAAAGUAUUUGAUCCCCUGCUGAUUUUGUACGUUUGCCCACUGACAAAGAAAUGAUCAGUCUAUAAUUUUAAUGGUAGGUUUAUUUGAACAGUGAGAGACAGAAUAACAACAACAAAAUCCAGAAAAACGCAUGUCACUGUAUACUGUAUUCUAGUCAUGGCUCAUCCUAUAUAACUACUGCUGUACAGAACUUUUCUAUUCAUAUACUGUCCAGUUGAAGCUAGAAACACAAGCAUUUUGCUGUACCUGCGAUAACAUCUGCAAAUCUCUGUACGCAACCAAUGAACUUUGAUUAGAUUUUCCCACUGACCUUAUUUGGCCAUGCUGUUUAACUGGCUACAAAUGCAGAGGAAGAAAAAACAAAAUGAUUAUAUAUACAGUACCAGUCAAGUUUGGACACACCUACUCAUUCAAGGGUUUUUCUUUAUUUUUACUAUUUUCUACAUUGUAGAAUAAUAGUGAAUACAUCAAAACUAUGGAAUCAUGUUGCCUUGAUGACAGCUUUGCACACACUCAACCAGCUUCAUGAGGAAUGCUUUUGCAACAGUCUUGAAGGAGUUCCCACAUAUGCUGAGCACUUGUUGGCUGCUUUUCCUUCACUCUGCGGUCCAACUCAUCCCAAACCAGCAUUCCAUAACUCUCCUUGGUCAAAUAGCCCUUACACAGCCUCGAGGUGUGUUUUGGGUCAUUGUCCUGUUGAAAAACAAAUGAUAGUCCAGCUAUGCGCAAACCAGAUGGGAUGGCGUAUCGCGGCAGAAUGCUGUGAUAGCCAUGCUGGUUAAGUGUGCCUUGAAUUCUAAAUAAAUCACUGACAGUGUCACCAGCAAAGCACCCCCACACCAUCACACCUCCUCCUCCAUGCUUCACGGUGGGAACAACAUAUGCGGAGAUCAGCUGUUCACCUACUCUGCGUCUCACAAAGACAUGGCGGUUGGAACCAAAAAUCUCAAAUUUGGACUCAUCAGACCAAAGGACAGAUUUCCACAUUGUCCAUUGCUCGUGUUUCUUGGCCCAAGCAAGUCUCUUACUAUUAGUGUCCUUUAGUAGUGGUUUCAUUGCUGCAAUUUCACCAUGAAGGCCUGAUUUUCAAGCAGUCUCCUCUGAACAGUUGAUGUUGACAUGUCUGUUACUUGGUCUGUGAAGCAUUUUUUUGGGCUGCAAUCUGAGGUGCAGUUAACUCUAAUGAACGUAUCCUCUGCAGCAGAGGUAGCUCUAGGUCUUCCUUUCUGUGGAGGUCCUCAUUUGUGCCAGUUUCAUCAUAGCGCUUGAUGUUUUUUGCUACUGCACUUGAAGAAACUUUCAAAGUUAACAUUUUCCGGAUUGACUGACCUUCACUAUCUUCUGUAUACCACCCCUACCUUGUCACAACACAACUGAUUGGCUCAAAUGCAUUAAGAAGGAAAGAAAUUCCACUAAUUAACUUUUAACAAGACACACCUGUUAAUUAAAAUUCAUUCCAGGUGACUACCUCAUGAAGCUGGUUGAGAGAAUGCAUUAAGCAUCUCCAAUCCAAAGUUAAAUCUAGAAUCGGCUUCCUAUUUCGUAACAAAGCCUCCUUCACUCAUGCUGCCAAACAUGCCCUCGUAAAACUGACUAUCCUACCGAUCCUUGACUUCGGCGAUUUACAAAAUGGCCUCCAACACUCUACUCAGCAAAUUGGAUGUAGUCUAUCACAGUGCCAUCCGUUUUGUCACCAAAGCCCCAAAUACUACCCACCAUUGUGACCUGUACUCUCUUGUUGGCUGGCCCUCACUACAUAUUUGUCGCCAAACCCACUGGCUCCAGGUCAUCUAUAAAUCACUGCUAGGCAAAUCCCCGUCUUAUGUUAGCUCACUGGUCACCAUAUCAACACCCACCCGUAGUCUGCGCUCCAGCAGGUAUAUCUCACUGGUCAUCCCCAAAGCCAACACCUCCUUUGGCCGCCAUCCCUUCCAGUUCUCUGCUGCCAAUGACUGGAAUGAACUGCAAAAAUCUCUGAAGCUGGAGACACUUAUCUCCCUCACUAACUUUAAGCAUUAGUUGUCAGAGCAGCUUACCGAUCACUGCAUCUGUAUAUAGCCAUUCUGAAAUUAGCCCACCCAAUUACCUCAUCCCCAUAUUGUUAUUUAUUUUGCUAAUUUGCACCCCAGUAUCUCUAUUUGCACAUCAUCUUUUGCACAUCUAUCAUUCCAGUGUUAAUACGAAAUUGUAACUAUUUUGCACUAUGGCCUAUUUAUUGCCUUACCUCCAUAACUUACUACAUUCGCACACACUGUAUAUAUAUUUUCUGUUGUAUUUUUGACUAUGUUUUGUUUUACCCCAUAUGUAACUCUGUGUUGUUGUUUUUAUCGCACUGCUUUGCUUUAUCUUGGCCAGGUCGCAGUUGUAAAUGAGAACUUGUUCUCAACUGGCUUACCUGGUUAAAUAAAGGUGAGAAAAAUAAUUAAAAAAAUAGAGUGUGCAGAUUUCCUGGAACCAAAUCAGGCCUAAUAUCUCUGACAUACAGAGAGGCACACUCACUCAUUGAGCAGCACUGUGCUUGGCUGGAGAUUGAUCAAUACUCAACUGACUUACUGUGAGAAGGACGGCACUAGUGUUUGUAGAGUGAGCUCAUCAUUCUGGAAUCUAUCAUCAUUGGCCAGUGGAAUGAGAGAGCCAUGUUUAUGGAAGUUAACAAGGUGUACCACAUCUCUUUUUUAAAGGAGCAAAAAAACAGGGGCAUAACAUUGUCUUGUGAAUGUAUAACUGACUUGAAAAUAAAAGGCAAAGCCCUGCUCAAGACUGUGUGACAUGUCUCCAAACCAAAGCAUAGGCUACAGUCAGCAUAGGAGGCCAUAGCGCCUGGUCAAAGCGGCUUUGGGGCAAAGUGGGCAGCUGCCACACUCCACUUUCAGUUUAGGGAGCAGCGUUAUACCCGUUAAAUGACCGAGUUUUCACAUGUUAUUAUAUAAUUGUCAAACCCAUUCAAAAGAUUAGGGGACAUGAUCCAGAAGUGAAGCGGAAGGGACGAUUACUUUCACUGGGUCAUUUCUCGCGGGCUGCAGCUGCUGCUGGCUGCAGCUCGUUCUAGCUAUUUAAUAAGCUAACUAAGCUACAGAAAUAACCUAACUACCUAGCAAAACGAUACAAAAACAUGAAAGACGGCUAGAUAUACUGUUGUUUAAAAAAUCAGCUGACACCCAAGUUUUAAUCCAAAAGAAGAAAGAUGAAAUCUUCAUUCAGCAGGCACUAGUUAGCUGUGCGAGUCUAGCUAGCGUUAGCUACACCUAGCUAGCUCAAUAUAUUGAAGCCAGUCACUAAAUAAAAUUGGCCGAAAAUCCGUUACUCACUGAAGUAAAGUUGUUGCUGGAGUGCUGACAAGCGUUUUUAAGCUGUCAUUUCACCAUAUUAUGAAAUAAACUUCUUCUGAGCACUUUGUUUACCGCCAGACUAGCUCUGGUCCAUGUGCGCGCAUGCAGCUUGUAUUGUAGUUCAGAUCUGAUGCAUGCACUUGGACCAGAGCAAAACAUCAGCCUACAUUUAACCUUGGUUAACCCAGAACUCAAAUCUUACGUAAAUUGGUCAGAUGCUAUGUUUAUGUUGUCUGUCCACAAGAGCUUAGCCUACAUUGAAUGCAUGAGGUGAAUACUGUGCGGGUAGGUAGUGAACUACUUUGUUGUUAAGGGCAAUAUCAGCAGUUCCGACUGUUACCUGAAGCUCUACCACUGUGGGCAUCUAUGGCAGAUUCAAGGUACCAGGGUUAUUGUGAUUCCAAAGAAAGUACUCUUGAGAUUGGUGUAGAACAGUGGAGCACUUGUGGUGUUCUGAGAGUCCUAACAAGCCUGGUAACAGUUCACCUGCACAGUGAGAGGAUAGCGUUGUCUCUGUGUUUGACAGGCAUUGCAUUUGUAGUAUUGGGCGGCCUAUUGUGGAGAUGACCUCAAGAGAUGACAUAUGACAACCCUCCUAGUAGGUGCUGUGACAUGAGCAUGUUGCAACCGCAGGGGCCUCAGUGUCCUCAUGGUGCUUCAAGAUUGGUGUGUGGUUCUGCAGCGUAUUCGUGUUCACCCCACCUCUCCAGCCUCUCCCAGGCCUCAUCAUCACUCCUCCAGGUAGCCACAGCAACAGGACUGAGACUCCAUGCUACAUCUCAGUGCGCCUGAGCACUGAGCAGAGGGAAAGUGUACCAGACUAAAUCCUAAAAUCCCAGUUGAUUAUUAAUAGCCUGGUUAAGCUGGUUUCCAGGGAGCUUAUGCCCGGCGUUUUAAACCUCACUUUUUUCUCUCUGAUCUGGGAUUGGUACCAUGCGACAGUAAUUGCUUUGGUGUCAUGUCUGACACUUAGGUGUGUCUCUCGAGGAAAUAUUACCCUCUGCUAGGACGACUCGUUGCUGUCUGUGAUAGUAUUUAUACACUGCUCAGAGAGCUGUGAUCUCAUGGAUGUAAGGAGAGAAGGCAAUGGUAUUUGAAGGAUGUGACCUGUUGAAUCUUUUAACCUCUGAUAAUCACAAUCAGGCAAAGCAUGUCGUAGUAAUGUGACAAUUCUGAAAUAAGUAUUUACAAUAUUUAGUACAGUUGGCUUCCUGUGUAAACUAAAAUGUAUUUGAUCUAAACCAGCAUUGUUUUAAGCAUUUCGAUGGCCGCCUGUUUUAUGUUGAUUCCUGUCUCCGUUCCUCAGUGUAUGCCCUCUGGGUUGUGUCCGACUGUACCCUGCCAUUUCCUGCACAGUUUGCCAACUGUUCUUUAAAAAGAAACCCCACAACUGUGCAUUCCCUUCCUUCCCACUGUGUAGCAUUUGCAUAUAACCCUCCCCAUUCUGUCCCCCUAACCUGGUUUCCUUCACUCCCUAAACCCACUUCCUCUCCCUCUCUCAUUUACCUAUCCCUCUCUCCUACUGUCCCGUUUUCUGUCCCUGGCUCCUCCUCCUGUGCUUAUCCUCCCUCUUCAUGCGUCCCAUGACAGCUAAUCCCUGGACGCUGUGGCAUUUGUUGGCCGAGUUUUAACGGUGUGCUUUGUGCUGGUUUGGAGCGGCUAUUUUUACCCCUGUCACAGAUAAUCAGGUCUCCCAUCAUUGUGCUUUGCAGGUAACCAACCUCGGAACCGGAGGAGGAACUAGUGUGUUUUCUGUUAGGACUCACACUGUUCAAGAUCUGAUCAGUGCUGUGCUAUGUCUAGAGAGCUCUAAUCUGAUCAGGCCAAUGUGUUCACCUACAAGAGAAUCAAAAUGUCUAAAAUCACCAUCAUCCUGUUAUAUUUAUUUAGCUACGGUCGUGCCCUUGUUAUACUGACAACUGAUUACUCCUCCAUGCCCUUUUGGCAACUUUCCACUGCUUUAUUCAUCAUGUACUGAAUGUUAUGAAUUUGAUAAUAAAUCAUCACCUGUUUUCUCUGUGGUGUCCUCUUUCCAGACUGCCUUUUCAAGCUGUGCCCCAUGAACAGGUACUCUGCACAGAAACAGUUCUGGAAGGCAGCAAAACCAGGUGGAAACAGCACCACUGACACAGUGCUCCUCAACAAACUCCACGUGAGUACCUCAUCUCACUGGCUUCUAUUAGAAGUUCUCUAACACAUCUGCUGCCCAUUAUGCCUACUGGUUCUCAACUGCGUGCGUUGCUGAGGUCGAGCAAAUCAUUACAAGUGAAACACUCUCCAAAUGUAUAACAUGCCAUAAACCCAGAUCUAUAUUCCAUAAAGUACUGCUUCUUAUUCUUAAUGUGUUUUUGGAGCACUACAUCUAAUUGGUGGCCAUUUGUAUUCUCUGACAUCUCAUUGUAUCCCUAUAUUUCAGCAUGCUGCUGAUCUGGAGAAGAAGCAGAAUGAAUCUGAGAACCGAAAGCUGCUAGGAACUGUCAUCCAGUAUGGAAAUGUCAUUCAGGUAUGAGCAGGAAGAGUGGGGGUGAUAAGGUAACAAGGAGAUUGAGUUUGGUAAAGCCACAAUAUAACAGUGUCAUUAAGGUUAGUGGAAAGCCUGGAGCAGAGAGGUAAUACAGCACUUCCAUAAAUGCAGCCAAUUGUCCUCCAGGCCUUAUCAUCCCCUGCAUAUUUGACCACUGAUAGUCUCCUACGCUGAAAUGAGAUCAUCAGGCCACAGGGAAACGGGUCUAAUGGACCACUAGAAGUACACACUAUAGUGUGUCAGUUGAUGUCAAGUGACAGACCCUCAACCAGAACACUAUGGUAGGAGUGAUAUCUGUCAUCUAAAAAGGAAAAACACCCACAUAUACUGUAUCUAUUUUAGGGCAGCUGUCUCCUGAACAAUAGUCCUGAACAUGCUCUCAGAAUUGUAUUGGCGGAAGUGGUACAGUAGGUCUAUGGGGUUUAUGUGUUUUAGGGGUGUGAUGACAGGUAAGGUAUUGAGGUCAGUAGGGUACAGCUAUGCUCCUCUGCCAGUGUUUGAUAUUUGCCACAGUCCUACUGUGGUAAGUGGUUACAGCACUUGAGAGCAUGCAUUGUAAACACAUGUAUCUAUAAAUGUCUGAGACAUUUCGAACUACAGUUGUCUUGUUUUUUCAAUCCCUGCUUUCUCCCUCAAAACAAACAACCACAAUCAGACAGGUUGGUUAAGGUCUAGUCUCCCAGUACCAGACAUCACACUGAAUACUUGUUUGAGGGGUCGAUGCUGGUUGACGUCAGUAGAGUAAACAUGGUUGAUUUCUUGGAUGAAAUUAUGGGGCAAAGGAGGUCAUGAGAAACAUAUUUGAACAAGGGCCUUGGAGUAUUAUAAAAAAAUUCCAGGGGGAGAAAAGUGUCCAGAAAGCAUUCAAGUGUGAUAUUUUCAAAUGGCACAUUCCUUUGGGGAUAUUCAGGAAUGGCCACUGUGCAAGUAUUUGACAUCUAACUCAAUCUCUUCCUGUAGAUAUACUCCAUAAUAGACUCAGACCGUGACAUGUACUGUAUCUGUCUAUUAAACCCCAAUAGACAAAGUAUGAGACUUCUAUAAGCAUUACAUAUUUAACCUUGAUCAAACUCUAAUAUGGGAAUGUACAUGACGUUUACAUGCACAUGAGUUUGUAACGAUGUCUGUUGUUUGCCACUCUGUUCCAGCUGUUGCACUUGAAAAGCAAUAAGUACCUGACGGUGAAUAAGCGUCUCCCUGCCCUGUUGGAGAAGAAUGCAAUGAGAGUGACACUGGACUCUGCAGGCAAUGAGGGCUCCUGGUUUUACAUCCAGCCCUUCUACAAGUUGCGCUCCCUGGGAGACAGUGUGAGUGUCCAGCCCAGUGUUGGCUUUAGUGUGGGUCAAAGGUCAGAUAGGAAGUCUGGUCAUGUCUCUAUAGAACAACAGUGAAGCCCAGACAACAGCUUUUCCAUUCAAGAUCCAUUCAUGUGAUGCUCAUUGUUGUGAUUCUUAGUUAUUGGUAAUGUUCUCUCCAGGUUUCAAUUUGUUAAUUGGUUGUCUAACAUUUUAGCAUUUAAUAAUUCAGGCUAGCUGGUCCCAGUUGUAUUUGUCCAUAGACAUCUAGGUAGAGAGUGAUUUAAGAGCCUAACAGGUAAUGAUCUCACUAAAAGUUCACCUGAAGAGUCUGGCAUGCAAGAUUCGUAAAGCUCCUGGUACACACCCUGAGAUUCGUAAAGCUCCUGGCGUCAGUGACCACAGCAAAGAUCAUUACCAUAGGGAUCUCUAGGACAGCACUCCUCUGUUGACGCUUGAUGCCGCUGAAGUUUACCUGCUUUAUAAAUAGAAGUUGUGGUGUAGAGAAUUGACAGGUUGUAAGAUUAAAUUAAUACAUCAUUUCAUAUUUUGACAUUGUGUUGGCCUCAGGGUAUGUACCGGUUUAAUUGCAAGUAGGCUACCAUAGGUCAUCAUCAUUAGCUUUAGCCAUUAGGGUUUUUCUGGCUGAUUGAUUCCUGUGCUGAUGAGAGGCCCAGUGUGGCGGCCUAGUGAUUGGUAGCCAACAUGGUCCAAUGUGUUAUCAUAUUUGCCUGGUGUUACAUAGCACCAGUCACUAGCUAUAACAACAUUGAGGAAAGAGACUUUAGGGAAAAAUGAGGAUAAUGGUUGUUUAAAAGGAAUUCAUUAUGCAGUGCUCAGACCCGUUCAGCAGUACAUCCUGUGCAGCAGCAGGACUUCACCUUGCUGUUAUGAUACCACAGCUGUUCUCUCAUAUUAUGCAAUCAACUGUUGCCAAAAGUUGAGAGCUUCUGUUUAUCUUGAAGGGCACUUUUCUCCUGCUCUAAACUGGUCUGACCCCUCACUUUAUUUCCCUGUGUGUGUCUCUGGGCUGUCAUGCGUAACAGCUCCUGGGGCCUUUGUAGAUGAGCAGAUAGCACACUCUGGAGGACACUAAUGGAUGUACAAGUGUUAUUAGUGUUUUUCUACUGGAUGAUGGGUCUGAUAAAAACAAAGACAAUCAAACUGCCUCUCUGACUGCCUCUCUGUUUGCUGUGUCUCUGAGUGUUUCUGUACAGUAAGUGUGGACAGCUGUGUGAGCAUGUGUGUGAGCAUGUGUGGAUGUGAGAUUCUGUGUAGUUGAUCAUGCAUCUCUGUGUGUAUAGUAAUGCUAUUUGAUUGCUCCCCUGUCUGUCUAGGUGGUGAUUGGAGACAAGGUGGUCCUUAACCCUGUGAAUGCUGGACAGCCCCUUCAUGCCAGUAGCCAUCAGUUGGUAGACAACCCAGGAUGCAAUGAGGUAGAAUACAUGUUUCAUCUUCAUUGUCUCCUGGGUGGAGACUGCUUGUGGAUCAGAAACCAUAUUCUCCAUUGUUGUGUAAACCAAGGUGUGCCUGCACAUUUCACUUCCUCAAAUCACAAGUAGUGUAGGUUUUAACCAUGUUGAGAACUGUGCUUUAUUGUUCAUUCUCAUGUCCUCUCAAAGAUGAGGACACAUAUUCACUGUACAACUAGCUCCUGUCUUAUGCUUGUUUCACAUAUACUAAUCAUCCCAAAACUUUAUGCGAAGAAUGGAUUGUGAAAUGGAAAUAUUGUCUUGAGUUGAUUAAGUAAGGGUUAUUUAUGCUAGUCCUAACUCCACUCUUAAAGCUCAACAGCCAUUAAGACAAAUUACUCUUCGGUUAAAGACUAAAUAAUUACUGUGCUCCUCCUUCACAGCCCUCCAAGUCUGUACAAACCCAACAUGCACAAAGACUCCCAGGCUCUAUUGUUUUUGUCACUUUUUUUAAACCAAACUUAAUGAUUGUGAAUACAUGUCUUUUAUCUCAGCUGUAUUACAGAGAAUUAAACUCAGCCUUUGACAUCCUCUUGUUUUUCAGGUGAACUCUGUAAACUGCAACACAAGUUGGAAAGUAGUUUUGUUCAUGAAAUGGAGUGACAACAAGGAGAUUAUUCUUAAAGGAGUAGGUACUCUGAUAGUUGAUUGAAAUGUAUUAGACACAAUAACACAUUAAACAGGGUAGCUGGCUCUCCUUCCCCAUGAUACUGACUGGUGUCUGUUUGUUUUGCCAGGGCGACGUUGUUCGGCUGUUCCAUGCAGAGCAGGAGAAGUUCCUGACAUGUGACGACUUCAAAAAGAAGGAGUACGUAUUUCUCAGGACUACAGGACGCCAGUCCGCCACCUCCGCUACUAGCAGCAAGGCAUUGUGGGAAGUGGAGGUGAGCAUAGGACAAGUAGAUAGUAGAUACAUGGUGUGAGUCGUGGUACACAAUCACACCACAGGAGGCUGCUGAGGGGAGGACGGCUCAUGAUAAUGGCUGGAAUGGCGUGAAUGGAAUGGUAUCAAACACAAGGAAACCAUGUUUUUAAUGUGUUCGAUACCAUUCCGUUCCAGCCAUUACUAUGAGCCCGUCCUCCCCAAUUAAGGUGCCACCAGCAGCUUGUGAAUCACACAUAUGACAGUGAUAUUUGUUGACAUGGUUACCCAAGAUCUUUGAUUGUGGAAGCCUUGCAUUGCCAUGACAUUCUGUAGGUUGUUCCAAAGCUAGUUAAGACCUGGAACGGUGAGAACCAAGUGAAACUAUGUGGGUUGUCCUGCAUCUUACAAUAUGUUUUUACGUUUAUGUUAUCAGUCCAGACGCUGUUUCUCAUGCUGUCAGGUGUUGCAUUCUUCUGUCAGGUGGUUCACCAUGACCCGUGUCGGGGCGGUGCUGGCUACUGGAACAGCCUGUUCAGGUUCAAACACCUUGCCACAGGGUCUUACCUGGCUGCUGAGGUGAGUCCCCUCAAACUGACAGUAGGCAUUUACAUGGUAGUCCACCAACAAACCACUUGCAUGGCUCAUUUGAUUUAUACCUGGGAGUAUCAUGCGCACAAUCAUCUUGCAGUACUUCAUUAUGCGAUCUGAAAGUCUUAAUGACAGGGCUUGAUUAAGUUUAAGUUGGAUUGACUUUAUAGUCAUUUAUAAGAGGACUAUGUGUUACCUCUUGCUUCCUCACAUGUUGGAGUUAAGUAUCCCAUUCUGGUUCCUGAUCUCUUUUCAGGUGAACCCUGACUAUGUGGAAGAAUGUCCUGAGCCCCGAUCCUCAGUAAGUCAACCAGAGACAACUCUAUUUCUGUGUUUCAUGUUUAAGCUGUGUUUGCUGUCUUGCCCUACCUAUUGCUGCUGAUCUGUGGUGGAUCUUGUUUCCUCUCCAGGUGGUGGAUUUUGUUCCAUUUAACUUCCAGGUACUGUGCCUGUCCUUGUGUGUUUCAUCCUCUCAAAUACUUUAUUGAUGAAUUGAGGGACUCUUUAACCAUGUUUUAAUAAUCAACGCUCUUGAAGAGAACUAACUAAACUAAAUAUUUUUCUGAUUUCCUUCAUUCGUGUCCCUCAAUUCAGGCUACUGUUUGUGUAGUGUGUUUGAGUAGUUCUUAUACGCUGGCGAAAGCUGCUUCCUGAACCCUUCAGUUUGUUCUGACCUCUGCUGCUAAAAAAAUACAUGAACAUGUAAAGCAUAGUUCAGUGAGUGCAGGUUUUUCCUUUAUUAAACCAUUCUCUAUUACCAUCUAUUAUCAUUUGAAGCUAUUUCUGUAUAUUCUGAAAGGAGAGUAUCUUUUUGUAAUAGAUUUACACAUUCAAUGGCAUUGGCAGUUGUUGUAGAGCACAACAGCAUGUCAGCAUGCCAUAUAGAUUCUCUGUAUAUGGUACUAGAGCUCACAUAUAGAUGGCAGUAUAACACCAUUACUGUGGCUGGAGUCAUUAUACAGUGUGGGAAUAUGGGAAUAUGCUAAAGAAUAUGCUAAAUAAUAUUAUUUUGGGGGGUGGAAUCCAGGGUCUGCUUUCUAUGAUUGUUUCCUACAGCUUUCAUAAAUAUUUACAAAUGAUCAAAUGUGAAAAUAUGAGGCUAAAUGCAUUAUGAAUUAGCCUUUAGAUCAGUCAACUUGACAGGAUGAGUCAACAACACAUUAUCUCUUCUAAAAGGGGAAAAUGUAUCUGAGUUGGUGUUACUCCUAUCUCAAUAUAACCUCAUGCUCAGUCUUCAUCUGAUUUGGUACUGAUAGGUACAGCAAAGGAGAGAUGUUUGGGUGGGUGUAUUUGUCUUGGGGACGUUAGGAGGGAGUUUGGUCAAUUAUUCCCGAUACCCAAUCAUAGAAUGAUAAUUUCACUCUUCUUACUGUACUGUAAAGCUGCAAAUUAGAAAAUGUCUUUAACGACUGCGGUAAUCCAAACAAUGUUGCAGUGCUUUAUCAUCUUAAUGUGAUCCACUGAUAUAGCACUGAUUUAAGCUAUUGUUGCCAUGCAAGUCUAACUAUAAACAGAUUGGAGGAAACAUGUGCAUCAUUCUUCAUGCUCUCAGCCUUGUCUGUUACACACAGUCACAGACAAUAAUAUCACUGCAUUGAAAUUAUGAACUGAACUGCUAAAUUGGGAUUUCAAUAUGAAGCUCCAUAAACUGACAGUGUCCUCUCCCUACUGUACCUGCAGUUGGACUCAGACCAUGAGGCCCUGCGAGCGCGUCUGCGGACCCCUCAAGAGAGGGUCAUGUACCAACUGGUGUCUGUCCCUGACGGCAUGGACAUCUCCUCUAUCUUUGAGCUGGACCCUACCACCCUGAGAGGGGGGGACUCCCUGGUGCCCAGGUACACAGCCAAAUAUCACACCCCUCCACACAUGCAGUACGUUCUAUGAUCUGCCUUUCAUCGCAUCUUCAAUCAACCUGGUCUAAAUAGCACGGGUGCGAUGCUUGAUACAAAUCUGUCUGGUCAGGGGAAGGGGUGGCCGUGUGUGGGGCUCUGCUUCCUCCUGUAGUGUCCAUGUCACAGGCUGCUGCUGCUGACAGUCACGUUGUGUUGACUGGAUGGGGGACCCACCAUGACAUAUGAAACUGCUGUUGAUGCGGCUGCUCUUCACACCUUCCAUUUUUUUCCUGUCUGGCAGGGGCUCUGGGCUCAGGCCCUUCGUAGGCAGGAUUAGAGCAUUUCAUAGGCUUCUGGGCAGAGACAGAGGAGGGCCCUCGGAGGUGUCUAAUCACGCAGCCUAGUUAGUCUAAGAAACCCAGGAGCAGCAUUUCAAAUUCAGAGAUGAUCAUUUCAGGGCUAUUUUAGGAUAGCUAAAGGAUGGCUGAUUGUUUGCUCUUUGAUCUGAAGAGUGAGUUUGCAGGACAGCUGAGCUCAGUGCAAUUUUGGCACUUUUGUUUUCAAAGUGCUUCAUAUUUCUAAGAAGAUGUCUCUUCUCAUGAAAAUAUCUGCGUGUGUGUGCGCCUGUGUGUGUGUGUGUUGUAGGAGGUAGCCCAGUUUGUUAACACUAGCUAAUGAUAGUCAGGAAAGUCCCGGUAUGGUUUGAAGCAGGACACCAUGGUGAUGGGGUGGACUGCAGCACUACAGACUGGAUCAGGAUAUCCAGAAGAUGUUGCAACAUGCCGUGAUUUAGUAAUGUCUCCCAGCUGAAAACAGAAGCCAGAUGUUGCAUAACCAUCCAUCCACCCCCACACCAUCAUCUGGAAGGCAUAUUUUCCCAUGAAGUAAUUUGAUCUUUCAGAGAGCCACUGCCAAAUACAUGGGAAUGAUCAGGUCCUGUCCAUAUACUACUGCAUAUACUGUAUGGGCAUCAGACAAUGUCAUAUUUAGGUGUGCUACGAGUUAUGUAUCGUUGUGCAAAUAGUUGUGAGCUUUUUUUCCUAGAUGUAGUGUGUGUGUAGUGUCUAAAGUCCUUGUGUGAGUAAAGAUGAUCAACUGGCUCGCUUUAGCAGUAGGGCAAAGGUUGUUGACAUAUACAGUGAGGAAAAAAAGUAUUUGAUCCCCUGCUGAUUUUGUACAUUUGCCCACUGACAAAUAAAUGAUCAGUCUAUCAUUUUAAUGGUAGGUUCAUUUGAACAGUGAGAGACAGAAUAACAACAAAAAAAUCCAGAAGAAUGCAUGUCAAAAAUGUUAUAAAUUGAUUUGCAUUUUAAUGAGGGAAAUAAGUAUUUGACCCCCUCUCAAUCAGAAAGAUUUCUGGCUCCCAGGUAUCUUUUAUACAGGUAACGAGCUGAGAUUAGGAGCACACUCUUAAUGGGAGUGCUCCUAAUCUCAGCUUGUUACCUGUAUAAAAGACACUUGUCCACAGAAGCAAUCAAUCAAUCAGAUUCCAAACUCUCCACCAUGGCCAAGACCAAAGAGCUCUCCAAGGAUGUCAGGGACAAGAUUGUAGACCUACACAAGGCUGGAAUGGGCUACAAGACCAUCGCCAAGCAGCUUGGUGAGAAGGUGACAACAGUUGGUGUGAUUAUUCGCAAAUGGAAGAAACACAAAAUAACUGUCAAUCUCCCUCAGCCUGGGGCUCCAUACAAGAUCUCACCUCGUGGAGUUGCAAUGAUCAUGAGAACGGUGAGGAAUCAGCCCAGAACUACACAGGAGGAUCUUGUCAAUGAUUUCAAGGCAGCUGGGACCAUAGUCACCAAGAAAACAAUUGGUAACACACUACGCCGUGAAGGACUGAAAUCCUGCAGCGCCCGCAAGGUCCCCCGGCUCAAGAAAGCACAUAUACAUGCCUGUCUGAAGUUUGCCAAUGAAGAAUGAUUCAGAGGAGAACUGGGUGAAAGUGUUGUGGUCAGAUGAGACCAAAAUCGAGCUCUUUGGCAUCAACUCAACUCGCCGUGUUUGGAGGAGGAGAAAUGCUGCCUAUGACCCCAAGAAUACCAUCCCCACCGUCAAACAUGGAGGUGGAAACAUUAUGCUUUGGGGGGGUUUUUCUGCUAAGGGGACAGGACAAGUUCACCGCAUCAAAGGGAAGAUGGACGGGGCCAUGUACCGUCAAAUCUUGGGUGAGAACCUCCUUCCCUCAGCCAGGGCAUUGAAAAUAGGUCGUGGAUGGGUAUUCCAGCAUGACAAUGACCCAAAACACACGGCCAAGGCAACAAAGGAGUGGCUCAAGAAGAAGCACAUCUAGGUGCUGGAGUGGCCUAGCCAGUCUCCAGACCUUAAUCCCAUAGAAAAUCUGUGGAGGGAGCUGAAGGUUCGAGUUGCCAAAUGUCAGCCUCGAAACCUUAAUGACUUGAAGAAGAGCUGCAAAGAGGAGUGGGACAAAAUCCCUCCUGAGAUGUGUGCAAACCUGGUGGCCAACUACAAGAAACGUCUGACCUCUGUGAUUGCCAACAAGGGUUUUGCCACCAAGUACUAAGUCAUGUUUUGCAGAGGGGUCAAAUACUUAUUUCCCUCAUUAAAAUGCAAAUCAAUUUAUAACAUUUUUGACAUACUUUUUUCUGGAUUUUGUUGUUGUUAUUCUGUCUCUCAUGGUUCAAAUAAACCUACCAUUAAAAUUAUAGACUGAUCAUUUCUUUGUCAGUGGGCAAACGUACAAAAUCAGCAGGGGAUCAAAUACUUUUUUCCCUCACUGUACUUCUAUAUUUACCUCUGUGUGUUCCUUCCUCUUCACCUCUUGACUGCAUCAUGUGUUGGCUAAAAUGACAAUAGUGUGGUUGUUUCUGUCACCAGCGCCACAUCAGAUAAGGCCUGUGCCCCCUCCCCCCAUAGUGUCAAAGCCGGCAUUGUGUCAUGUUGUCAGGUGCCUGCCUGCUGGCUACCAUUGGCAGCACCCUCCCCCUCUGCUCCCCCUCCCUACCUGAAAUAAUCCAUGUUCUCCAGGACGCUGGCAGCAAACUGGGCUUUAGGUGCGAGUCAUUAGAGUGAGUGUGGUGGAAGUAAGCCUGUUAGCCUAACGGGCCAUUACGCAACCAGGCCAAGAAUAUAGUCAGAGAAGGUGCACACACACUUAAAGCCCAACCGAUAUAUCGUUUCACCAAUAUACAGUGCCUUCAGAAAGUAUUCAUACACCUUGACUUAUUCCACAUUUUGUUGUGUUACAGCCUGAAUUCAAAAUGGAUUACAUUAUUUAUUUUUCUCACCCAUCUACACACAAUACCCCAUAAUGACAAAGUGAAAACAUGUUUUUAGAAAUUUAAGCAAAUGUAUUGAAAAUUAAAUAUCUAAUUUACAUUAAUUCACACCUCUGAGUCAAUACUUUGUAGAAGCACCUUUGGCAGCGAUUACAGCUGUGAGUCUUUCUGGGUAAGUCUCUCAGAGCUUUCCAACACCUGGAUUGUGCAACAUUUGCCCAUUAUGAAAAAACACACACAAAAAAACAUGUAUGCACUCACUAACUGUAAGUCGCUCUGGAUAAGAGCGUCUGCUAAAUGGCUAAAAUGUAAAAUUAUUAUUUUCAAAAUUCUUCAAGCUCUGUCAUGUUGGUUGUUGAUCAUUGCUAGACAACCAUUUUCAGGUCUUGCCAUAGAUUUUCAAGUAGAUUUAAGUGAAAACUCUGACACUCAGGAACACUGUCUUCUUGGUAAGCAACUGUAGAUUUGGCCUUGUUUUUUAGGUUAUUUUCCUGCUGAAAGGUGAAUUCCUCUCCCAGUGACUGGUGGAAAGCAGACUGAACCAGGUUUACCUCUAGGAUUUUGCAUGGGCUUAGCUCCUUUCCGUUUCUUUUUAAUCCUGAAAAUCUCCCCAGUCCUUAACAAUUACAAGUGUACCCAUAACAUGAUGCAGCCACCACUAUGCUUGAAAAUAUGUAGAGUGGUACUAAGUAAUGUGUUGUAUUGGAUUUGCCCCAAACAUAACACUUUGUAUUCAGGACAAAUAUGUUUUGCUUGCCAAAUGUUUUGCAGUAUUUCUUUAGUAGCUUGUUGCAAACAGGAUGCAUGUUUUGGAAUGUUUUUAUUCUAUAUAAGCUUCCUUCUUUUCACUCUGUCAAUUAGGUUAGUAUUAUGGAGUAACUACGAUGUUGAUCCAUCCUCAGUUUUCUCCUAUUACAGCCAUUAAACUGUAACUGUUUUAAAUUCACCAUUGACCUCAUGGUGAAAUCCCUGAGCGGUUUCCUUCCUCUCCGGCAACUGAGUUAGGAAGGACAUCUUUAUCUUUGUAGUGACUUGGUGUAUUGAUACAGCAUUCAAAGUGUAAUUAAUAACUUCACCAUGCUCAAAGGGAUAUUCAAUGUCUGCUUUUUUUUUUUUUAUACCCAUCUACCAAUAGGUGCCUUUCUUUGCAAGGCAUUGGAAAACCUCCCUGUUCUUUGUGGUUGAAUCUGUGUUUGAAAUUCACUGCUCCACUAAGGGACCUUACAGAUCAUUAUAUGUGUGGGGUACAGCUGAGGUAUUCAUACAACAAUUAAUUUUAAACACCAUUAUUGCACACAGAGUGAGUCCAUGCUACUUAUUAUGUGACUUGUUUAGCAAAUUUUCACAUAACAAAGGGGUUGAAUACUUAUUGACUCAAGACAUUUCAGCGUAGAAUGAUUUUUUAAUUGUAUUUUUAUUUCUUAAAACACAAGUCCACUUUGACAUUAUGGGGCAGUGGGCCAGUGACAACACAAUCUAAAUGUAAUCCAUUUUAAAUUCAGGGUGGAACACAACGAAAUGUGGAAAUGUCAAGGGGUGUGAAUACUUUCUGAACGCUCUUUAAUUGAACGAUAUUUCCCUUUUACCGUUUUUAAUCAUAUAUACAGGAUACACAAUGUAUACACCGUCCAAUGAAAUGCUUACUUGCCACAACAACAAUAAGAAACAACAAUAAGAAAUAAGAAAAGAGAAGAAUACAAACAUAAAGUUAAAUGGCUCAGUAGAAUAGAAUAAAGAUUUUAGCAUGAGCAUAAUACAGGAAGGUACAAUAUUUACACGUGUUUUUCGGAAGGAGGGAUUGGGGGGCAAAUGUUUAAAUUGUGCAGUAUUUAGUAAUAAUAUGAGUCUGGUAGCAGCAGUUGUGAGUGUGUGUGUGUGUAGCAUGAAUGCAUAUUUUUGUGUAUGUGUGGGUGUUUACAUGAGUUAGUGCAUGUGUGCUAAGGUGUGGAGAGUCAGUCCAAGUGGUCAGUCCAGUUCAAGUGUUCAGCAGUCUGAUGGAGCCUGUUGGUAUCAGACCUCAUGCUCCGGUACCGUAUGCCCGACGGUAAGGGAGUUAACAGCUUAUGGCUGGGGUGUGUGGGUUCCUUGAUGAUGCUGCAGGACUUCCUCAGGCACCGUUUCGAGUAGAUGUCCUGGACGGGUGGGAGCACGGUCCCAGUGAUGUACUGGGCCAUCUUCCCUACCCGCUGGAGGGCCUUGUGGUCGUGGACAGAGCAAUUCCAGUACCAGGCCAUAAUGCAACCUGUCAGGAUGCUCUCGAUGGUGCAGCGGUAGUAUUUGGAGAGGACCUGGGGUGGCAUGCCGAAUUUCUUCAGCCGCCUUAGGAAGUAGAGACGCUGUUGUGCCCUCUUGACAAGAGUGGUUGUGUUGUUGUCAAGUCCUCUGUGAUUUGGACACUGCUGACUCUCUCUACUGCUGUCCAGUUGAUGCGGAUCGGGGCAUAAUCUCCUUUGUUUUUCUGACGUUGAAGGAGAGAUUGUUGUCCUGGCACCACAAUGCCAUUUCACUUACCUCCUCCCUAUAGGCUGACUCGUUGUUGUUGGUUAUCAGGCCUACAACCAUGGUGUCGUCAGCGAACUUGAUGAUAGAGUUGGUGUUGUGCAAAGCCACGCAGUUGUGGGUGAACAGGGAGUACAGCAGAGGGCUGAGGACACAUCUCUGGGGGGCCCCUGUGUUAAGAGUCAGUGUGGAGGAGGUGUUCUUGCCAAUCCUCACACCCUGUGGUCUGCCAGUCAGGAAAUCUAGGAUCCAGUUGCAGAGGGUGGUGUCCAGACCCAAGGCUCUGAGCCUUGUGUCGUGCUUGGAGGGAACAAUAGUGUUUAAUGCUGACCUGUAGUCAAUCUACAGCAUUCUGACAUAGUUGUUGGUCUUGUCCAGAUUUGUUAGGGUAGUAUGAAUAGAUGUAUAGAUAUUGGCCGAUAAUUCCACCGAAAUUCGCUGAAUAGGAUGAAAAAGGCAUAUGUUCCUUUUUUCUAACUUUAUUAUUACGUUUAGGAGGCUCAAACUGUAGGUUACCACAGGAUAGUGGGAAGUCGCUUUCUCAUUAUAACCUCCCACAGACCUAGCCUCUGUCCAAAUCUGCAUGUGCUUCAGGGAAGAGAACAGAGCUGUGAAGUAACACAAAGCCAUGAAGCAGUAACUGCUCAGCUGCAGUUUUUUCCCGGUAAAACCCAGCAGUUAUUAUUUGACAUGUUCUUUGUUCAUGUUGUGUUUCUACUGUUGUGUGAGAAUCUGUGUUUGGGUGUGUGUGUGUGUGUGUGUGUGUGUGUGUGUGUGUGUGUGUUCACGCGUGUUCAAUCAUGUGGUGUUCCUAGGUGUGGAUCGAUGCUGGCCCUCAGAUCUUCAUCUUAUAUGCCAUUGGCACCUAUGCCGCCAUCUCCCAAAAAAAAGAAGACGUUUGUUUCUUCUCCAUUUAGAUUUGUUUCAUGAAAUUGUGUAAUAAUCGGUCUGUUGUCAUCUAAUGUCUGUUGUGAAUAUAGGUGAUUAUGAUUAUUGGCAUCAUAACAACGACAGGAAAAGGAGUUGGACUGCAAUUUCCAACAGAAUCACCUAUAUUUACAACAGCCCUAUUUUCCGGACAGUUUUCCCUAGACAUAGUUGUGCAAAAAAGCGACACUCGGUACCCUUAGUGUUGGCACACAAAAAAUAAAAGUGUUUGCAUUUUGGACGUAGAUGUUCAUACACUUGUUUGAGGACGUUACAGCAUGUCAUCACACCCACCAGCCCGCUGUAGCUGUUAUUACCAGCAUCUAUGCCUAAGUAGGUUUUAGGUGGUUUAAACAACAAAUUGAUACACAUGCUCAAAGAGCAAGCAUCCUGCGGGGGAGAGGCAUACAGGGCUGUCUUCUCGCUUUGUAUUGAGUAACUCAUCAGAUUAGAGCAAUGACAGUGUUGUUGUUAUUGUAGAGGUUACUACUGGGGGGAUACUACUGACUCGGCCAUCUAUGACCAUGCAGAGUGACCAUGCAGAGUGACCAUGCAGACAAUGCACUGUUAUAGAUAGUUGAGCUUGAAUCAGGAGCAGAGCAUGAGUAAUCAGUAACAUUUUAUUAUAUUAGGAUCCCCAUUAGCUGAAGGAUGGCUAAUGUCACCCCAGGAAGACUAGCUGUCGUCAUGGGGUGACAUCAGUUAUUGAGCGUCCUGUCCCGUCCUCACAGGGCUUGGUUUACAUAAUAGGACAACAACAUUUGCUCAUCCAAGUUGACAGAGCAUAGCAACGAUGGCAGUUAUACUGUAACUGGCAGGUGUGAUAACAGGGUAAACCCAGCUGGUAUUCCCCAGUAUUACCACACAUUUCUAUGAAUGUUUAAGCAAAGCUCACUUUUCAAAGCUACUGUAAGGUUGACACUGGAAAUAAUCACCUGAGGAAUUACAAUCCACAACAUUAUUUUGGAUAUAAAAGGCCUCUUAGUUGAAUUAUAUGAUAAAGAGGUAGACUACAUUUACAUUUACAUUUACGUCAUUUAGCAGACGCUCUUAUCCAGAGCGACUUACAAAUUGGUGCAUUCACCUUAUUGCCAGUGGGAUAACCACUUUACAAUUAUUAUUAUUUUAUUUAUUUUUUGGGGUGGGGUAAGGGGGGGGUUAGAAGGAUUACUUUAUCCUAUCCCAGGUGUUCCUUAAAGAGGUGGGGUUUCAAAUGUCUCCGGAAGGUGGUGAGUGACUCCGCUGUCCUGGCGUCGUGAGGGAGCUUGUUCCACCAUUGGGGUGCCAGAGCAGCGAACAGUUUUGACUGGGCUGAGCGGGAACUGUGCUUCAGCAGAGGUAGGGGAGCCAGCAGGCCAGAGGUGGAUGAACGCAAUGCCCUCGUUUGGGUGUAGGGACUGAUCAGAGCCUGAAGGUACGGAGGUGCCGUUCCCCUCACAGCUCCGUAGGCAAGCACCAUGGUCUUGUAGCAGAUGCGAGCUUCAACUGGAAGCCAGUGUAGUGUGCAGAGGAGCGGGGUGACGUGAGAGAACUUGGGAAGGUUGAACACCAGACGGGCUGCGGCAUUCUGGAUGAGUUGUAGGGGUUUAAUGGCACAGGCAGGGAGCCCAGCCAACAGCGAGUUGCAGUAAUCCAGACGGGAGAUGACAAGUGCCUGGAUUAGGACCUGUGCCGCUUCCUGUGUAAGGCAGGGUCGUACUCUCCGAAUGUUGUAGAGCAUGAACCUACAGGAUCGGGUCACCGCCUUGAUGUUAGCGGAGAACGACAGGGUGUUGUCCAGGGUCACGCCAAGGCUCUUCGCACUCUGGGAGGAGGACACAACGGUGUUGUCAACCGUGUUGGCGAGAUCAUGGAACGGGCAGUCCUUCCCCGGGAGGAAGAGCAGCUCCGUCUUGCCAAGGUUCAGCUUGAGGUGGUGAUCCGUCAUCCAUACUGAUAUGUCUGCCAGACAUGCAGAGAUGCGAUUCGCCACCUGGUUAUCAGAAGGGGGAAAGGAGAAGAUUAGUUGUGUGUCGUCUGCGUAGCAAUGAUAGGAGAGGCCAUGUGAGGAUAUGACCGAGCCAAGUGACUUGGUGUAUAGCGAGAAUAGGAGAGGGCCUAGAACUGAGCCCUGGGGGACACCAGUGGUGAGAGCACGUGGUGCGGAGACAGCUUCUCGCCACGCCACUUGGUAGGAGCGACCGGUCAGGUAGGACGCAAUCCAAGAGUGAGCCGCGCCGGAGAUGCCCAGCUCGGAGAGGGUGGAGAGGAGGAUCUGAUGGUUCACAGUAUCAAAGGCAGCAGACAGGUCUAGAAGGACAAAUGCAGAGGAGAGAGAGUUAGCUUUAGCAGUGCGGAGAGCCUCCGUGACACAGAGAAGAGCAGUCUCAAUUGAAUGACCAGUCUUGAAACCUGACUGGUUUGGAUCAAGAAGGUCAUUCUGAGAGAGAUAGCAAGAGAGUUGGCUAAAGCCGGCACGCUCAAGAGUUUUGGAGAGUGGUUUUGGAGAGACUACUAUAGUGUUUUUUUUAUAUUGUUGCUGCCCUAUGAGUUGCUCUGUCCUUUUCCCUCAGGAACUCUUUUGUGAGGCUCAGGCACCUCUGCACCAACACAUGGGUCCACAGCACCAACAACCCAAUUGACAAGGAGGAGGAGAAGCCUGUCAUGUUACGGGUGAGUGGCUGGGAAGGAUAAUAUUGUGUUACCUUUGGUCGGACUUGUAAAAUCCAUUUAUUGAAAAUAUGUUUUACACGUCCCUCUUUUAGAUUGGCACAUCAGCGGUUAAAGAAGACAAAGAGGCCUUUGCCAUAGUGCCUGUCCCCCCAGCGGAAGUCAGAGACUUAGACUUGGCCAACGAUGCCAGUAAAGUGUUGGCAUCCAUCGCUGGCAAGCUGGAGAGGGGCACUAUAACACAGAACGAGAGGAGGUAAAGUGUGUCCCAGCAGGCCUUUGACCUACUUUAUUACAUUAUCGUACAUAUCUGGUAGGUUGAAAGUCUUUUUAGAAGGUUGCUGUUGGACUUUUGACAUUUGGUAGAACAAAUGUUUCAUGUUGAGAUGAGUCACCGUUUAACGCCUGCACCAGGUAUGCCAUAGUUUUUCUCCUUUAGCUGUUGUUCCUAGCUCCUCUCUCUGGAGAGGCAGGCUGUAGGAGUUAGUGUUAUCUGGUACCUUGGUUGAACCAGUCACCUCCCUGGCCCUGUCACUCUGGUCUCUAGAUUUGUCACUAAGCUUCUGGAGGACCUGGUGUUCUUUGUGUGUGACAUCCCCAACACUGGCCAGGACGUGCUUGAGAUCAUGGUCAACAAGCCCAAUCGAGAGAGACAGAAACUCAUGAGGGAGCAAAACAUCCUCAAACAGGUACACCUCAUCAUACAGUACAGCCGUAAUAUCAUCUACAUUGGGUUUGGUUAAAUUGACCUCUCCACAUUGUCAGUUUGAGCAUCACAAUUUUAAAUUACAUAUGGAAUAAAUAUCCCUCUUUAGAUUUUCAAACUUCUCCAAGCCCCGUUCACGGACAGCGGGGAUGGUCCCAUGCUGCGAUUGGAGGAGCUUGGUGACCAGCGCCACGCCCCCUUCAGGCAUAUCUGCAGGCUCUGCUACCGAGUAUUACGGCACUCCCAACAAGACUACAGGAAGAACCAGGUCGGUGUGCAUAAAUUAUUGAUUGAUGUUGCAUCAGACGCACAGAUGCAGACAUUUUUUAGUUAAAAGGCUAUGUUUACUUGACCUGUUAGUUGUACGUUAGAAUGGUGCCGACCCUCUGACUCCCCCUCUACAGGAGUACAUAGCCAAGCAGUUCCGCUUCAUGCAGAAGCAGAUAGGGUACGACGUUCUGGCUGAGGACACGAUAACGGCCUUGCUCCAUAACAACCGCAAGCUCCUUGAGAAACACAUCACGGCUGCUGAGAUUGACACCUUCGUCACUUUGGUCAGGAAGAACCGGGAGCCCAGGUGAGAUGAAGAGGAGGGGCGAUAGGAUGGGGGCAAGCCAUGGGCCUGAUACAGAAGGUUGUUUGGGUGGAGGUUUCUUUGUACAGCACCAGCCAGGGAAUGUAGUAGAUGUAAAUGUAAAUGUAGAUGUAUUCAAAUGUAUGCAUGAGGAUAUUAGAGGAAGGGAUUUGUGUGGGUCCGUGGCACUGGAGGUAAUUGCUGUCAUUAGAGCUGGCAAGCUCCAGUCAUGCCAUAUUCUACUGGCCAUAUGAGAAACAUGCUGAUCCAAGGGUCUGGAUAUAGAGGGCUUUUACUGGAAUCUGAUGGAGCUGGGAGGGGGACUGGGACUGAGCCUGAAUAAGCCUACUCUGGGAGCCUAUAGUGUGGCUACUGGCAGCUGGGCCUGUACAUUGACAAUCAAUCCCUUUCUCUUUGUCCCUUAUCUUCAGGUUUCUGGACUACCUGUCUGACUUGUGUGUGUCCAUGAACAAGUCCAUCCCAGUGACUCAGGAGCUCAUCUGUAACGCCGUGCUGGACCCUUCCAACGCAGACAUCCUUAUCGAGACUAAGUAAACCCCCCUUGAUAUGAUGAUCAUCACUUUUUUUUUUACCCUAGCACUGAAAACAUGCGCGUGGGUGUGUGCAUGUGUUUGAACAUUGAUCUGAUGAUUUCUAAUUAGAUUGGCUCAAUUGCUGUUAUUAGUAAUGCUGUCGAUUUUAUGAAAACAAAACACAGAUGUGUGUUUCAGUAUUCAUUCUUUUCUGCAGUUACUUUGUUGACUGUCUGUUUUAUUUUCCGCCGACCAGGCUAGUGCUGUCGCGCUUUGAGAUUGAGGCUGUAACAAUUGGGGAGGCUUCCGUGGAAACGGAGGAGGAUGAAGAGGAGGUGUGGCUCUUCUGGAGGGACAACCUCAAGGAGAUCAGGAGCAAGAGUGUCAGAGAGCUGGCCCAGGACGCCAAGGAGGGCCAGAAGGAGGACCAGGAGGUGGUCAGCUAUUACAGGUCAGGGAUCAGGGCCUUACAGGGUUCACAAUGGGUUUUGGUUGGAUAGUUAGUGUUAUGACAUGUUUGGAUGUACAGCAUGUAGAAGCAUAUGCGACAGUAGUUUGAUUGUCUAUUUGUAGGCCUGCUUUCAGACUACAGCCCUGACCAGAUGUUAAAGUAUGUUCCUCUCCCCCUGCAGGUACCAGCUGAACCUGUUUGCGCGGAUGUGUCUGGACCGUCAGUACCUGGCCAUCAAUAAGAUCUCUGGCCAGCUGGACGUGGACCUGAUCCUGCGCUGCAUGUCUGACGAGGACCUGCCCUACGACCUGCGCGCCUCCUUCUGCCGCAUGAUGCUGCACAUGCACGUGGACCGCGACCCCCAGGAACAGGUCACCCCCGUCAAGUACGCCCGCCUCUGGUCCGAGAUUCCCUCCAAGAUCGCCAUCGGCGAGUGAGUGGGGUUUAUGAACGUGUUAUUAGAGUCCUAUCAGAGAUAUUCAACAUUACCUGAGCUCAUCUAUAGGCUACCUCUGAGCCUUUACACAAUAAUGUUCUCUCCCUUUCUAAGCUAUGACAAUGAUGGGACAACCAGAGAUGAGAUCAAGGAGAGGUUCUGCCUGACCAUGGAGUUUGUGGAGAACUACCUGAUGUCUGUGGUGUCUCAGAACAUCCCUUUCGAUGACAGAGAGAAAAACAAGCUCACCUUCGAGGUAGGUUUCCCUGGAAACAGCAUGAUGUCAACCAGACAACUUUACUUCGAGGUAGGAAUGCAUAAUGUAUAUGUGGAGAAUUGACUCCCCUCCUUUUUCUCUCUUAUCUAUGAAGGUAGUGAACCUGGCAAGGAACCUCAUAUACUUUGGCUUCUACAACUUCAGUGACCUGCUGCGACUGACUAAGAUCUUAUUGAACAUCCUGGACUGUGUUCAUGUCAGCACCAUAUACCCCGUCACCAAGCUGGAGAAGGGAGAGGAAAAACAAGGUGAACAGCACACUGCUGCCUGUCUGUUACCUGUCUGUAUUGGUUGUUACUGAUGUACUGUAAUUGAGGCGCGCUCUCUCUCUUUCUCAAUACACCUCCCUUUUAUGAGGAAUCAUGGUGGAGUUGAUAAGGUUUGGUUAAUGUGUUGUGUGUGAGUAAGUGCCCCAUUUCAACUCUGAGGUGUGUGUCCACAGGCAGUAAUGUGAUGAAGUCUAUCCACGGGGUGGGGGAGCUUAUGACCCAGGUUGUCCUCAGAGGGGGGGGCUUCCUCCCUGUCACCCCCACCCACCAGCCGGAGGAGGGCGUGGUCAAGACCCAGACAGAGCCAGAGAGGGAGGACAUCAUGGUGAUGGACACCAAGCUCAAGAUCAUCGAGAUCCUCCAGGUAGCUCCUGCCCCUUUCAUCUGGCCUUUCAUAUAGAUUGUCUGAUGUUGUAUCCAAUUAUCACGGCUUUCAUUUCCCAUAGUAUCAAAUAACGUUUUAUACAAAAUCUAGGACAUAUUUUUCUCUGUAUGAUUAUUCUUAGUGGUGAGCUCUAAAGCCUGGUGUUUUAACUAAAUGGUGCGUUCUGUUCCUGCCCUCUAGUUCAUUCUGAAUGUGCGGCUGGACUACAGGAUCUCCUGCCUACUCUGUAUCUUCAAGCGGGAGUUUGAUGAGAGUAACCCUCAGGGUGAUGCUACACCAUCUAGUGCUAGUCAGGAUGGAAAUAAUAUGACAGGUCAGCAUGCUGACAGCCAAAGCCAUGCCUUUUUUCUUACUGAUUUUACCCUCAAGCUACUGACCCUACAGACAUACCACAUGUCUUAGUAUUUGUACUCAAUGUUUCUUUUCAGAAUUAUACAAUUAAUGUAUCAAAAGGGCUUCACAAUAAUGUAAAUGCUUCAUUUGUUUUGUUAGGGACGCUAGAUUUUGAGAACAUUGAGGAGCAGGCAGAGGCGAUCUUUGGAGGAAGGUAAACCCUCUCAUUUCAAAUCUUGAGACAAUAGAAUGCAGUGUCAGUGUCCAUAAUAAAACUGUAGUAACACUGUAUUAACAAUGGCGUAGGUCUUAUGAAAGUAUCCCCAGUGUCUGAGCCUGUUGUGUUGUCCUGCAGUGAGGAAAACACCCCUCUGGACCUGGAUGACCAUGGAGGGAGAACCUUCCUGAGGGUGCUGCUACACCUCACCAUGCAUGACUACCCUCCCCUGGUGUCUGGGGCUCUUCACCUGCUCUUCAGACACUUCAGCCAGAGACAGGAGGUCCUCAUGGCCUUCAAACAGGUAGACCACCGCCCAAACCCACAGGCUCCACAGGCUCCACAGCCACAAGAACACACAGGUCCUCUGUAUCAUUGCUCCUCACACUCAUCAAUAAUCGUAUCUUUAGUUAGAAAGUAAUCUUAUGAAUUAGCAGCAGUCAUUGGAUUAUAAGGUGCUUGAAGGCCUAGCUUGCUGUGAAUAUUCAACUUUAGUCUACAUUCAGUUAUACCCCUUCCUCUUCCCCUUAGGUCCAGCUCUUGGUGACCAGCCAAGACGUGGACAACUACAAGCAGAUCAAGUCAGACCUGGACCAGCUGCGCUCCAUUGUAGAAAAGUCUGAGCUGUGGGUUUACAAGAGGCAGGGGGACGAUGACGGAGGGGACGGACCCUCGCAGUCCGACCAUAAGAAGAAGGUAUUGUUUCAACUUCCCAUUGGUUAUGCUUCACAUGAAUAUGAACAAGCUCUCAUUCUAACUCGGUCCAUGUGCAGGGGGAUUCAGGCGGCUCAGACAAAAAGAAGACGGAAACCACCAGCAGUUACAAUUACAGGGUUAUGAAAGAGGUAACAUCUUCUUAAUUUUCUCUCAUUGUUCCAUCACACACUGUAAGGAGUCAUUGCCUUCACCCGUUUAGAUACGGUCAUUGAUCAGAUAUGAAUGAGGCAGUCAGUCUCUGAGCCCCUUCUGUCAUCCCCUCUGUUCAGAUCCUGCUGCGGCUCAGCAAGCUGUGUGUCCAGGAGGGAGCGUCAGGGAAGAAGAGUAAGAAGCAGCAGCAGAGACUACUGAGGAACAUGGGAGCCCACAGUGUGGUGCUGGAACUACUGCAGAUCCCCUAUGAGAAGGUACUGGAAGAUAGGAUGGGCCAGACCUAUACUCUCAUCACCUCAUGCGUUAGAGAGAGCGACUAAAAAGGCAUGAAGCAAGCAAUAGAGGAUGCAUGUCAUAGACUUGGACAAUUACGAGGUCAACAAUGACAUUUGUGGAAGGUUUGAAUGAAAACUGCAGCUUUUUGGUUGUGUGUCUGUCUGUACUUGUGAUGAACACUUUAGGGUGAGGAUGUCCGCAUGCAGGAGAUCAUGAAGCUGGCCCAUGAGUUCCUCCAGAACUUCUGUGCAGGGAACCAGCAGAACCAGAUCCUGCUGCACAAGCACAUCAACCUGUUCCUCAACCCAGGGGUGAGUGGACUCUCCUCGGGCAAGGGUUGGCGCUGGGCUGGGAAGAACCAGUGGUACUCCAUCAUUCCCAUGCCAAUAAAGCAGCUAGUUUAAUGCUUCUCUUUCUCCUCAGAUUCUGGAGGCAAUCACCAUGCAGCACAUCUUCAUGAAUAACUUCCAGCUGUGCAGUGAGAUCAACGAGCGCGUGGUGCAGCACUUUGUCCACUGCACCGAGACGCACGGCCGCCAUGUUCAAUACCUCAAAUUCCUGCAGACAAUCGUCAAGGCCGAGAACAAGUUCAUCAAGAAGUGUCAGGACACCGUCAUGGCUGAGGUGGGACAGCAUAAUUGCAGUGCACGCAUGAUUAUAAUGCAAAUGAAACACACUAUGCAUUUCUGUAAUAUAAGCAUGCAAUACUACCCAAACAAAACAUGCAUUCAAAUCUAUAAAUCAAAUCUAUACAUUUUACCUCUUUUAACCUGUGCCCCCGCACGUUGACUCUGUACCAGUAGCCUCGUUACUGUUAUUUUAUUGUUGGUUAUUUUUCUUUUUUUCUUUUUUUUUCUUUAUUGUUUGCUUCAGUUUAUUUAGUAAAUACUUUAACACACAUUUUUUUCUUAACUGCAUUGAUGGUUAAGGGCUUGUAAGCAUUUCACUGUAAGGUCUACACCUGUUGUAUUCGGCGCAUGUGACAAAUACAGUUUGAUUUGAUUUUGAUUUGAUAUCGUGUCAGUAGCAUUUGAUCAGUGCAUCUGUCUUCCUUCUGCUCAGCUGGUGAACUCAGGCGAGGACGCGCUGGUGUUCUACAAUGAUCGCGCGUCCUUCCAGACCCUGGUCACGAUGAUGCGCUCAGAACGGGACCGCAUGGAUCAGAACAGUCCUCUGAGGUACCACAUCCACCUGGUAGAGCUGCUGGCUGUCUGCACGGAGGGAAAGAACGUCUACACAGAGAUCAAGUGUAACUCUCUGCUGCCUCUGGACGACAUAGUGAGGGUGGUCACCCACGAGGACUGCAUCCCUGAGGUGAGUGAAUGUCGGUUGGGCCAACAGGCAAGCAGGGUAGACUGCCGGAAAGAUAUGAUGAGCCCUAUUUGUAUAAUAUGGAACUCAUCUGAACAGAUGCUUCUUGAAGCAAGUUAGGCUAAGUUAUCAUUCUGGGCUCUUGAGAAUAAUGAUGUUCUGUACUUAGGCAACUCUAAAGUUGUUAAAGGUCAACUGCCCCUUAGAACCAACUUUUCUGAUUUUAAACUGCCUAUGUGGCAUAGAUAUGAGUCAGAAAAAAUUAUAGUGUCAAAAUUGACUGCAAAGUGUAAAUAGGAUCAUUUUGGUCAUAAAGUCAGUCUCGUCUAAAACAGAGUUUUGUAAGUGAGUUCGUCACUACUACUGGAGUGUUGGGUAUGGAUUACGAUCAUUCCCACUUGCCCAGUUCCCACUAACUCGAGAGAAGCAGCUGUGCUGAUUGCGCUCUAUCCUAUUCUAGCAGCCAGAACCUCCAGGAAGUGAGACAGACCUUGCUAUUACGCAGUGCCUCAGACUUGUUUACAUAAGACAACACGUCACCAAUGUUAUGUUGAAUAACCCUUGGCCCUAAGCCCUUGAUGGAGUGGCCACUUGGUGAUGUGUUUGAUAGUGUCAAUGACUCGAGUCUGCCACUUUUUGGGGACAAAAUUUGAAUUGAGACAAUCAGAGCACACUUGUAUCCCAACUGCAACCUGUCAAUGUUCCAAACCCCAGGCAUUCGCAAGCAUCUUGUGUCUAUUUUUUAACAUGAUUCUCUAUGAAACGCUGCCAGACAGAUGCACACUCUGGUAAUAGAUCGUGAGAAAGUUGUAAAAAACAAAACGGCACCGAAGCACACACGUUGCCACUCCCCAGUGACUUGAUAAGCUGAUUGUGGCCUGGCUGCUCAAUGUGCCUGCUAGCUACUACUUGCUAGCUUCAUUGACAAUCACAGAGUUGAAACUUAGCUAGCUGCCAAGUGAUUUUGGGAACUGAUAAACAGCGUGUAGCUUGUGCUUUAUUUACGAUAGUUUGAAAGCUUGCAGAUGAUAUUAUAGACGUGUUAUUGUUCUCAGAAAUCAGUCCUAAGUGCGUAGCCAGACCUUCUCGACUCGAUAGACUGUAUGGAGUGCACUGACUAGUUUUUCAUGCACAUUUUUUUACUUGAGAAAUACUGCACCAAACACCUAAGUUAGACCUCCUCGGCAAAAAUGUCUAAAUUUUAAUUACAGAUUUCUUGAUUUAUCUUAGAUUAAUAAGAGAGCUGUAAAAAUAAAUGUUUUGUCAUACCCGUCGUAUACGGUCUGAUAUACCACAGCUGUCAACCAAUCAGCAUUCAGGGCUUGAACCACCCAGUUUAUAAUAUGCAAACAUUACACACCCAUAUCAAAGCCCACCACCAAGACUCUCAUUUGGCUUCUCCUUUGGCUUCAGGCCUCUAGCAUUUCUUAAUGAGCAAUCUUCAAAACGAGGCCAAUUCACAAAGUGCCGUCGCCCUUUAAUUCUGACCUUUCUCUCCAGGUGAAGAUAGCCUACAUCAACUUCCUGAAUCACUGCUACGUGGACACAGAGGUGGAGAUGAAGGAGAUCUACACCAGCAAUCACAUGUGGAAGCUCUUUGAGAACUUCCUGGUGGACAUAUGCAGGGUAAAUAAUCACACAUCUUAUGGCUAGUCAAUAGACAUGCAGGUGACAUAUUACUGAUAGCUUGUUGAUAGUUUGUUAAGCAUUCUACAGGGAGACUCUCCAAAUAAAGUGUUACGGUUUUCCCCAGGUUUUCCAGAAAUCCCAGUUGGAGCAUUCCCAGAAUGAGGAGGGAAAUAGCAGGGAAUCUGGAACCUCCAACCAGGGUUUAUGGAAAACUGGGGAAUUUUGCAACCCUUAUUUUUUCUUCUGGGAGAGUCAUGCUGAGAGACAGUGUGUUAUGCUGAGAGACAGUGUGUUAUGCUGAGAGACAGUGUGUUAUGCUGAGAGACAGUGUGUUAUGCUGAGAGACAGUGUGUUAUGCUGAGAGACAGUGUGUUAUGCUGAGAGACAGUGUGUGAUCACAGCCUGGUGGAGUAAGGAUGUUCUGUCCUCUUUUUUUUUCUGAGGAUGCAAAUCAAAUUAAAUUGUAUUUGUCAUAUGCAGAAAACAACAGGUGUAGACCUUACCGUGAAAUGCUUACUUACGCGCUCUUAACCAACAAUGCAGAGUUUUAAAAUGGUAAGAGAAAUGUGCUAAAUAGGAAAACAAUAAAAUAAAAAUAGCGAAGCUAUAAACAAGGGGUACCGGUACCGAGUCAAUGUACAGGGAUACGGGUUAGUCAAGGUAAUUGAGUUAAUAUUUACAUGUAAGUAGGGGUAAAGUGACUAUUCAUAGAUAAUAAACAGAGAGUAGCAGCAGCGUGUGUGUGUGUGUGUGUGUGUGUGUGUGUGUGUUGGAGUGUCAGUGUAGUAUGUGUGAGUGUGUGGUUAGGUCCAGUGAGUGUACAUCGAGCCUGUGCAAGAGAGUCAGAGCAACAAAUCAUAAUAAAAUAAGGGGGUCAAUGUAAAUAGUACAGGUAACCAUUUGAUGAACUGUUCAGCAGUCUUAUGGCUUGGGGGUAGAAGCUGUUAAGGAGCCUUUUGGUCCCAGACUUGGUGCUCCAGUACUGCUUGGCAUGCAGUAGCAGAGAGAACAGUCUGUGACUUGUGUGACUGGAGUCUUUGAAAUGUUUUAAGGGAAGAAGUGUGAUCCAGUGAACCAUGUAUAUCUGUGUCUGCUGUCUGUAGGUGUGCAACAACACCAGUGACAGGAAGCAUGCAGACACGGUUCAUGAGGGAUAUGUGACAGAGACGGUCAUGAGCAUCGUCACCACCUUCUUCAGCUCGCCCUUCUCUGACCAGAGCACCAGUCUGCAGGUAACCACGGCUACAAAACAACACAUUACUUAAAUAACCACCAUAACACACAACAUGUCACAAUCCAAGCAGUUUAAUGAUGGAUAAUCUGCGUUGUCAGGUGAAAUCUGGUUAUCAAUAAUUUUCUGUUGAUAGUGAUAUGUGUUGACUUAUCGUUUCAUAAUGGGCAUUUAUGAAUUAUUUGUCUGUGUGGAAGAAACAUUAUCCCCAAAGGCUCAACACACUUACAUUUAUCAUGUAACAUAUUACAUUUUGCUUCAAAUAGGUGGCGCGUCAAGUGUAUGUAAGUAUGGGUAAAUGUCCGGCUGUGGUUUGUUUCGUGUCCCCUGGGUGUGUUCCUUACCAGCACUCCUAGACUAGCAAUACAUUUCGUAUGGAACUGAGUCAGCACUUUCCAAGAACCCUUCACAGAUGCUGGUGUCUUUAGUCCUCCCCUGAGUUCCUUCCCAGAUCUUUGUUUCGCAAGAUGACAUCACUGCUGGGAUGUGGUUGCAAACAGCAAGUAGAGAAUGGUCAAUCACUCUGGUCUACUGUAGCCUAAAGAGGUUGGGAGGUGUGCCGUGUGAUGGAGUAGCCCACUGCUUUUCUUGAAAGACUUGUCCACUUCACUCAAUGGCUUUUACAACCACUCCUGGCGUAGGCUAGUAAUACCAAUGCUAGAUUAGCCUGUUAGGAAUUGGGUUUCCUGUUUUGCAGGAAUAGUUUCACUCCCAUUAGACCUUAUUAGGAUUUGUUUCUCUCGUAGUUAUUUUCUCACUCUUAAAAACCAUCCCACAUCCCCAUACACUUACAGUAAUACACAUGUACACAAUUUAUGUGAAGCGCCGAAUGAUAAUAUUAAUUACCUUCUCUCCCAUGACAGGCGAGCGUUCUGGGAAAGAUAACCGAGGUAUAUGUUGUGCUGUAGGUUUGUGUUCAGCUUGCUUACAGGGUGUUGUUAGGUCCUGGUGGUAGUGGUGAUACUGUAUGUAUUAGACAUUGGUGCAUUAGGCCUGGUUGGGACCUGAGCUGUUUCUGGUGAUAACCAACAGGCAUACUAGAAGUGUUAGACCCUCUUACCUACUGUAGGUGUAUAAUAUAAAACGCUUUGAAACAGAAUACAUAAAUUAGCAUUCAGGUAAUACCUUUCAAACUUUUCUCUGGUUUCUCCCUGCUGAACAUGACCCGUUUGUGUCUGAGAGCACCCUCACAUUGGUGAAACUGGGUUUCAGAGAUAUGGUCUGUGAUAAACCACAAAAGCCUUUGUUGAUCACCACUGGGGAUGUUAGAUUUGGCUAAUGUGUAGCCUCUGACUCAUCUUGUGACGUCUUCUCUCCUCACAUAUCUUCUCUACUUUCUUCCUGUCUGUCUCUAUCGGCUCUCUAUCUCUCUCUCGCUCUCUCUCUUUUUCUCUUUCCCUCAGACUCGCCAGCCGGUGUUCGUUCAGCUCCUUCAGGGGGUGUUUAGGGUGUUCCACUGUAACUGGCUCACCCCCACUCAGAAGGCCUCAGUUGAGGCCUGUAUCAAGGUGCUGUCUGAUGUGGGUAAGAUACCUGCACUUGGCCUCCAACUGUUGCCCAAACACUGUCUUGAUAAAGUGUGAGAAAUAAAUCCAAUGAGCUCAUUUUAUCUAUCAUCUAAAAAAUAUAUAUAUAUAAUAUUUCAACAACUUUUUAAACUAUUGUUAAACGAGCACCCCUCUUAAGUUCGCAUCCUGCUGUUUCAUUGCACACAGCCAAGAGCAGAGCCAUUGCCAUCCCUGUGGACCUGGACAGCCAGGUGAACAACCUGUUUGUCAAGUCCAACAACGUGGUCACCAAGUCCAUCCUGAGCUGGAGGCUCUCAGCCAAGAAUGCCCCCAGGAGGGACUCCGUCACCACGUCCGUCAGCUACAGGAACAUCAUAGAGAGGCUACAGGUGAGACUUCAUAUUGACCACGUCCAUCAGCUACAGGAACAUCACAGAGAGGCUACAGGUGAGACUUCAUAUUGACCACGUCCGUCAGCUACAGGAACAUCACAGAGAGGCUACAGGUGAGACUUCAUAUUGACCACGUCCGUCAGCUACAGGAACAUCACAGAGAGGCUACAGGUGAGACUUCAUAUUGACCACGUCCGUCAGCUACAGGAACAUCACAGAGAGGCUACAGGUGAGACUUCAUAUUGACCACGUCCGUCAGCUACAGGAACAUCAUAGAGAGGCUACAGGUGAGACUUCAUAUUGACCACGUCCGUCAGCUACAGGAACAUCACAGAGAGGCUACAGGUGAGACUUCAUAUUGACCACGUCCGUCAGCUACAGGAACAUCAUAGAGAGGCUACAGGUGAGACAUCAUAUUGACCACGUCCGUCAGCUACAGGAACAUCAUAGAGAGGCUACAGGUGAGACUUCAUAUUGACCACGUCCGUCAGCUACAGGAACAUCAUAGAGAGGCUACAGGUGAGACUUCAUAUUGACCACGUCCGUCAGCUACAGGAACAUCACAGAGAGGCUACAGGUGAGACUUCAUAUUGACCACGUCCGUCAGCUACAGGAACAUCAUAGAGAGGCUACAGGUGAGACUUCAUAUUGACCACGUCCGUCAGCUACAGGAACAUCAUAGAGAGGCUACAGGUGAGACUCAGGAAUAUGUUGAGGAACUAACGUUUACUGUAGCUUUGCAUCUAACAGUGGGUUCAAGUGUAGUUCUGACAACAUUUGAUACAGGGAAUCAGUUUCAUUAGGAUUUUGAAUUCAAUAACAUCCUGCUUCUGUUGUUGGGGAAAUGACCCAUGACUUCAGGUGCUGAGGUUUUGGAACUCCAGAUCAAUUGGCCAAUCCAGAAAUGGAAUGCAUGGAAGUGCAAUAGUAAAAUGAAAGACUUGUAAUUCCCAAGAAAGUUAACGCUAAGUUUGUUGCAAUUUCUUUGCAGCCACCAUACUGUUUACAGUAACUCUACCAGAAUCCCUCCCUCCUUCCCUCCCUCCUACACAAGUCCGUGUCUACAUCAACAGACAGUAUGGUGCAACUGUAUCGGUUUGCAUAUUUCCAUGGAGUUGAUGAUGACUCUGACUCAUGGGGAUAUGUAGCGGGGGUGAGGGGAGCGGUAUUGGUCUAUUUUAAUGGAGGUUUUUGGUAAACCAUGGUUCACUUCUGCUUUUAUACAUUAGUCGAGUGAGCAGUCUGAGACAAUAAGGUCACAGAAUUCACCAGCAUGUUUUUUCAGCUUCCCUGUACCCUGUUUGGGCAGGACUUCAACAGUAGGGGCUGGCACCCAGGCACCAAUCUCAUAGAGACAGUUCAGUUGGGAUCAGUCUAGAACUACCCCUGGUUUAACACUCAGUGUGCCAAUGCCCUGAGUUUGCCUGUGCCCUGUUUGUGUACUAUCUCUGUUCUGUUACCCCUCUAACCGUGCCUGUCCUCUGCUCUGCUUUGUGUUGUAGGACAUAGUGUCAGCCCUGGAGGACCGUCUGCGUCCAUUGGUCCAAGCUGAGCUGUCUGUCCUGGUGGACGUGCUGCAUCGCCCUGAGCUGCUGUUCCCGGAGAACACAGACGCCCGCAGAAAAUGUGAGAGCGGUGGCUUCAUCUCCAAGUAAGACUCCAGUACCCACAAACCACGGCAAGCCACCCACUUCCCUGACAAGUUUAAUAACAAUCGACCUGCCUCUUGCCACGUCCAGUGAUGAACCACAGUCUCCAAUUUUCUUUGAAAUGUAGCCAUUUCUUCCGAAGCAGUUAUAGACCAAAUAAGGGUUAAUCCACUAGAAAAUGACCUAGCUGUAUUUUGACUGGAAAGUCUGUACAGUCUCCUGAUACUGUCUCAGUGUUGAGGAAUGCAUUGUGUUAACCUGAUGCAGCUCUUUCAUACUGUACCUGUUGUACUGUAUCUAGAGUUGGGACACAUUUCCCAUGUAAGUGUACACAGUAACUGAAUUCAUAAUUGAGCAGGGCGUGCCGCUCCAAACAGGCUAAGUACGGUAGUGACCCAGGGCUUUGUUUUCACAUGUCCUACCCUGAGCCUGCUGGAGCUCUGGCUCCCUCAAACAGUGCUCCCUCCCUCCCUCCCAGCCUGCCUUCCACACACAGGCCAGGCCACUCCUGUGUGUGUUGUGCUUGAUAAGGGCUGAGAUUGGAAAAUAGGGCGUGAGUGUGGGUGUCUGUGCUCUUUGAACAGGUGCCGGCUCAGGGAUUAGCCUACUGUAAAGGGCCGCAGGGAGGGGGGAUUCAUGUGUGGAAUAGCACGUGAGACACCACCAGUUCACACUGAUUCAGGACACUGACUUACAGUACAAAGGCAAUACAGUACAGUACUAGCCGCAAUGUGUAGAAUACAAUGGGACCUUUAUGGAAAGCCUGUAUGCCAGGAGGAGAUUAGGUCUACAGGAAGAGAUUGGGUCUACUGGUUUUCAUUGAAGCUUCAGCACAUAACUCGUAUACAGGAUUGAUAAUUUGGACUGAAAGGCUCCUAACCACGAAUACAGUAAAAUACAGCACCUGAUUGACAGCUCUAAGACCCACGUGAGGUCAAUCUCUAGCCAACCAUUUUACACGUGAGGUCAAUCUCUACCCAAACAUUUACACCCAAUAAUAAAUGAAGCCAAUCAAUUAGGAUUAUGUCAAGAAGACAUUUACCCUCAUCUCUAAACUACAAGCUUAACAGUAAUUACUGUAGUAGAAGCUCUCUGAAAUCAGGGUUUGUUACCAUUGAAGUGUUUUUGUUGUUGUUGUGGUAUACAGUUCUGUACAGUGCAGUAUGUGUGAUCCACAUGUCCCUGUCCUCUGACCUCUGACCAGGCUCAUCAAACACACCAAGCAGCUGCUGGAGGAGAACGAGGAGCGGCUGUGUAUCAAGGUGCUGCAGACUCUGAGGGAGAUGAUGACCAAAGACCGUGGCUAUGGGGAGAAGGUAGCUACCUACACUAAUAUGGCCCUUUUUACCACCUCACAAUACUCACCUGGUUCUCUCUACACUGGGGUUUAUCAUGAGAGGAAACAGAGUGCUGCUAGGAGGCCUAGUAUUCUGUAGCUCUUUGCAGAGGUCAGUGCAGAGGUCAGUGCAGAGGUCAGGGGUUAAGAGCAAAGAUGGAGUUGGAGGUUCAGUUUUCCUCUGCUGCCCUGUGCCCUCCCCCAGAUGAUACUGGGUGUACAUCAGGUCUGUGAUGGAUGGGAUGAGUCUUUUGGUUUGGUUUAUAACCUACAGUAGCAGUUGCCCUUCUGCAGGAAUAAGAUGCCAAGGGUGUGUGUAUAUGGUAUCCUCCAUGCUAUUCAUAAUCACACACUGAGACAUUCAUAAACAACAACAGAUCAGCGUCCCUCUGAAAAUGACGUGUCCAUGUCUGGCUGUUGGGGAUAGAUAAUGUACACACGUUAACAGUACCAGCAUGCUCUAAUUUAACUUAAACACUAAUACACCAUAAACACUAAUACACCAUUUAUGUGCCAAUGACUCUCUGUACUAAUCUCUGAUUAAAGCCCUUUGUUCUCUCUGCUGUUCUGUUGAUACUGACCACUGCUUUGAGAUGUAGUAACCUGCGUGUUUUUACUAACUGGUUAACUGACAUGGUGUGUGUUUCUGACCGACUGUUUGUCUGUUUCCAGCUGCCUCCCCUCUUCCUAACCCAGCUCUACUAACUCUGCCUCAAUACUCUUCUCUUCCAGCACAUUGCCUUUGAUGAUGAGAUGGAUGUGGCUGAGGUUGAUAAUUUUCCUUCUUUCGUUUGAUUUCUGUCUCAUGCUAGUGGUGUAGCUAGAUGCGCCUGUGCAAGAAGUUUUGCUGUCUUAUGUGCUGCUGACCCCAGUGAACUCUUCCCCAUGCUCUCUCUGUGCCUGUCAGAGUAGCUGCCAGUUGCCGUGUGUUGUACUGUGUAACUGUGCCACCACUAGCAUGCUAAGCACUGUCUGGUACUGUUGCAAGCUUGCCAUACUGCUAUGUGUCUUUAUUGUAGUCAUCUGCUUGAAGUUUAGUUGCUGGUCGUGGUAUACUGAGAGGCACACUUAUAUUGUAUGAGUGUGUCAGAGGUAGUGUGUCUUUUCAGACUGGACUUGCACAUUGUGAAUCUUUUAUUUUAGGAAAACGUGCACACAGAGUGUAAUGACAGACCACAACGCACAAUUUCAAAACGAAUCUACAUGUCAGUGGAUGUAGCCAUUUAGGACAUAAAAACUGGAACAUGGUGAUGGCGUUGUGGUUCAGUCAUAAUGAUGUACUUACUAGCCCUAGCAUCUUUGGAACUUCUGUGGUGAAAUACCUAAUGGUGCCAUUCCUUUCACCAUGUGUACAUUGCAUUUAUUCAUUUUUAUUUUCUUGUUGUGUUCUAUGCACUGUGUCACUUGACAUUUCCAGUCAUUUGCAGUGCUACGCCAUAUAGUAUAUUUAUAAAUCCUCUGAAUUGGAAAAGUGGAGAUAUUUUAUGUGCAAACUGCAAGCAACAUUGAAACAAGUUAAAUUCGGUUUGUAGCUUAAUUCACCACUUUCUCCUCACAGAACUGAAGCUAGAUAGAGUGGUAGUUUAUCUGAAUAGAGGCAGGAUAUGAAGAGCCAACGCCCAGGGUUUGGCUUGCGGGGGGAGCAGCGAGGGGGGGGUGGGGCCAAGGGAGGGUUGGUAUUGGGGUGUUGAUCAUACCCAGUCUCUCUUUGGAGGGGGGUCAGAGGGACUGGGGCAGGGUGGUUGCCCCUAAGCACCCCACCACCAUUACCACAGCAGGUGUGUGAGUAUUUAUACACAUGGAACUAUCCCUUAAAUGUAGUGGUGGAAACCAGAUCAUCCCCACAUCCAUAGAGGGUAGCGGAGUGUUCGUGUGCGCAGGUGUGCUUGCUUUGCACGUGUGUAUUAUAUAUGUACAUCAGGGAGUGUGUCUGUGCGUGCCCUAGAGGAAGUGGAAACUGCAGAUAUCCUCUUUCUUCCCUUUCAUCUUGUACUGCGUCUGUCAGGGGACUUUCAGAAAGCCUGGGGACAGUGCCAUAUGGGAGGGGCUAAUGUGGCACCACAUUCUGACUGAUGUCAUAGAACCACUUCUGAGCAAGAGAGGUGUUCUGUUCUAUUAUUAUUAUUCCCCUUAUCAACGUCAAAGCACCAGACUGUACAGGACACCCCAUUGACCAAAGCCUACCUUGAGAAGGUAUGACAUUUAAGAGCACAGCCUUCAACCACAGAUUGUAUUGUUUUUUUUUAACCUUUUUAGAAGGUUUAGUAUUAGUUGCAGUAUUACUGUCGUUAUCUUUUUGGUCACAACAACAUCUAGUCACAACUUUUAUUGUCCAGUAAAUGAGCACGUACACAAUAAAGUAAUGAGUUACAGCAGUAGAAACUAACUUCCUUUCAGAAAAAAAGGAAAGCAAACAAGGGAGUGAGAGAGAGACUGAUAAGAAGGAGAGGUAAACACAGAUAUCAGUUACGCUGACCGUUGGAGAGAAUGACCGUUGGAGAGUCUACGCUCUGAGCUGUAUGUCUGCCAGGAGGUCACAUGCUCACAUGAGUGUCUUCUAUCUCUAUUUCCUCCCUCCAUUCCUCACUCCAUUCCUCCCUUCAUUCCUUCCCUCAGUGUUAUCCAGUGAUGGAAAUCCCCGGCUGCUUCCCCUCCUAAGAAAGGGAGCGAACAGAUAGACUACUUCUUUGUUGUCUGAACAGACCCUUGCCAUUCGUAGUGUCUGAAGAAUGUGCACACCCCACCGACACAUCCGGCACGUGCAUGGACCCAGGAGGGGCCCCCUGUGGGACGCGGUGUCCCAGACCCAAUGCUGAUCCAAAGCCCACACUUCCCCUCCACGGCAGAAACAGCAGCAGCAGCACUGGGCUGUCUGUCAGUUAGCUGUUAAAUAAGCCCUGUGUUCAGCCUGCAUCUCUGCUCUGCCCGGCAUGCCAGCUCCUCUGUGGCGUACCCCGGCUACAGGAGAGGCCUGCCAUAUAGAACACUACUCUACCUAUUCAUCUGGGAAGCACUGGGUACUGUAGGGCUGAUCAUGUGUGUCUGUCUGUUUGUGUCUGUGUGUGUUGGUGUCAGGGGGGUGGGGAUGAUGCAAUAGGAUCAACAGAGAGCAGAGAUAUGGCUUUAGGUUGGCAAUAUGUUCUGUGCCUAAGGGGGGUUAUUUCAUGGAGAUAAUGUCUAUGCAGUAGAGAGCACGGCGGUCUGUGUGUCUCUUUCACUCCCUUUCCUCACUGUGUGUGUCCGUGUCAGCUGAUCGCUAUAGUCUCAUUAUCCCUGGCAAACUCACUCUCUCUGUCCCCCUCUCUAUUUCUCUCUCUAUACCAAUCUUUUUCUCUCUUAGUCUCUCCCUCUUCUCUCCCCUCAUGGCUGUUCUGCAUCACUCAGUGCUGGUGUCCUCUCUGCCUCAGUAUGUCCCUGCUUGUCCUCAGCUAUCCUCAGAGCCGCUGCAGUGUGUGUGAGGUGAGGGGACCCUGGUUGUUUCUCUGAUCUCCUCCAACAGGGGGAACUAUAGGCAUUUCUGCUGGCCGUGCAGCUAUGUCCCAGUUUCCAUGUAGCCUGCCUUCGUCCUGCACGAUUCUUGGGCUCCCGCCAGCUCUCAAGCAGUGGUUACAUAAGAGCUAGUGUUAUUUUUUCCCCUGGAAUUCAGACUCUCUACUGAUGUGACCUUCAGCAGUAAUUGCCAGUAAAAGUGCAGCGGCGCUGUUUACUGAGAGACUGGCAGUGCCUCGUGUUGGGUGGCGCUGGGGCGAGCAAGGGAGCGGGGCAGGGGAGGGCAGGAAUGUGGGGCACUGCACAUCCUACACCUGUUAACUGUUUCAGAACCACUACUGGUCCAGGGAAGGCCACUGAUGUAAUGGUGUCAGACAAGAACAAAGGAAAUCAUCUCUCUGUCCUCCCCCCUUUAUCCCCUAUGAUUAUCCUCUCCCUCUAUCUGCCUAUCUCUAGGCUGUAAUCUUCCAUGCUAGGGGAUAUGAGGGGGAUCAGCGGGGGAUGGGGGCAGGGACAGGUAGUUGUUGCUGGGGUGCCGAUGACCUGUCACUAGACGAAAGGCCAGGCAGGUUAUAUAAAACAGGAAGAAGGGGUUGGUGUGAUUCUGACUCCAGACCUUUGAGGCACACCCUGAGACAAGUGUAGAGACCGGUGGAACCUCUGUGGUUGCUGAAAUGUGGCAGUAACUUACAGAUGACCUUAUGUUUGUAGUGAUUCAGCCCACUAUGCCGCUAUAUAGUCGACGUCAUACAGUCUGAGAAAACUUACCGGUAGAACCAAUGCUGGCAGUCAUGGGUCCAGCUGUCUAGGGCUGAUGCCAGCAGUUCCAUGGGGAAAUUAUGGGCGACCCUGCCCCAGUAACUGUGUGUUCAAGAUGUCUCUAACGCCCAGGAAGCUCCGAUUCAAACUCCCAUUAGACAUAAUCCUAAGUGUUUGAAUGUCAAAAUACAUUCGUUACUCACCAAAUAUGGAGUUUUGCUGAGCAACUAUCUUCAUUUACUCUAUUUACGCCCGGUAUGUACUUCUAAAAAAGGUCUAAAUAAAAAUGUACAAGCAACCGAAAAAAUUGCUCUACGGCACCUCAAAUGAAUUGAGCUGUUGAAGACUUCUGACCUGUGCGUGCUUGUAUAUGUUUAUUUAGACCUUUUUUAGAAGUACAGACCGGCCGUAAUGGGAGUAUAUGACGAUAGUUGCUCAGCAAAACUCACAUAUUUGGUGAGUAACUCAUGUAUUUUGACAUUAUAACGCUUGCAGAGCUGUCUAAUUGGAGUUUGAAUCGGAGCUUCCUGGGCGUUUUAGAGGAGGCACGUCAUACUCAUCUCUAACACAGAUACUGGGGCAGGUUGACCCCAGCCUUCAGCUCACUGGAACAUGGAAGACCAAUCGGUUCCGAUGAGGACCGGAAUGAUUGUCAUUCUCCACCACUCAAAAUGUUGACGAAUGGGAAAUGCACUUGAAAUUAACUCUAUGACGUUGUGCUUUAAUUGAAUUAGACACCUUUGAGCCUUGUUUGCAUGCAUCAUCCUUUUUCCUGUGGAUAUUCCUGAUGUUUUAUGUAAAGAGGGGCCUGAUGAUGGGACAUUCUUGUCUAGUCUCACAAUUACUCAGUCAGCAUGACUGGGUUACUGGGGCAGAGUCAACCCCACUGUGGUCUUUCUAUCUGUCUCUCUGCCUUUUCACUUUGCACCAUUUCAAUGUACCACAUGCGUCUACUCAGUCUCUCUCCUUCUAAAGGUUCUUUUUAACAAGGUGUUCAAGCAAGCAUUUCAUAUUAGCAGUCAGCCACGGAAAAUAAAAUGUAUAUUUUCUUCUUGAUCGCUUUGCCAAACAUUGACUAUGAGUCUCAGCUGAGGUGUUAGUUUUUAUUAUUUGUGAUGUUUGUAAUCAUGCAUCAUGUUGUUUUAAUUUGCAUGUAUUAUUAUGCACUGUAUCACUAAUACACUAUAUAUAUAAAAAGUAUGUGGACACCCGUUCAAAUUAGUGGAUUCGGCUAUUUCAGCCACACCCGUUGUUGACAGGUGUAUAAAAUCUCGCACACAGCCAUGCAAUCUCCAUAGAGAAACAUUGGCAGUAGAAGGGCCUUACUGAAGAGCUCAGUGACUUUCAUCGUGGCACCGUCAUAGGAUGCCACCUUUCCAACAAGUCAGUUUGUCAUAUUUCUGCCCUGGUCAACUGUAAGUGCUGUUAUUGUGAAGCGGAAACGUCUAGGAGCAACAACGGCUCAGCCGCGAAAUGGUAGGCCACACAAGCUCACAGAACGGGACUGCCGAGUGCUGAAGCGCGUAGCACGUAAAAAUAGUCUGUCCUCGGUUGCAACACUCACUACCGAGUUCCAAACUGCCUCUGGAAGCAACGUCAGCACAAGAACUGUUCUUCAGGAGCUUCAUGAAAUGGGUUUCCAUGGCCGAGCAGCCAAACACAAGCCUAAGAUCACCAUGCGUAAUGCCAAGUGUCGGCUGGAGUGGCGUAAAGCUCGACGCCAUUGGACUCUGGAGCAGUGGAAAUGCGUUCUCUGGAGUGAUGAAUCAUGCUUCACCAUCUGGCAGUCCGACGGACUAAUCUAGGUUUGGUGGAUGCCAGGAGAACGCUACCUGCCCGAAUGCAUAGUGCCAACUGUAAAGUUUGGUGGACGAGGAAUAAUAGUAUGGGGCUGUUUUUCAUGGUUCGGGCUAGGCCCCUUAGUUCCAGUGAAGGGAAAUCUUAACGCUACAGCAUACAAUUACAUUCUGGAUCGGUGUGGAAGAACUUUACUGGCCUGCACAGAGCCCUGACCUCAAGCCCAUCGAACACAUUUGGGAUGAAUUGGAACGCCAACUGCGAGCCAGGCCUAGUCGCCCAACAUCAGUGCCCGACCUCACUAAUGCUCUUCUGGCUAAAUGGAAGAAAGUACCUGUAGCAAUGUUCCAACAUCUAGUGGAAAGCCUUCCCAGAAGAGUGGAGGCUGUUAUAGUAGCAAAGGGGGGACCUAUUACAUAUUAAUGCCCAUGAUUUUGGAAUGAGAUGUUCGACUAGCAGGUGUCCACAUACUUUUGUUAAUGUGGUGUACUUCCGUCAUAUCACUAAAAGCCAUAUCUGCAAGUCUGAUUUGUCCUUUGUCCUUCAAGUCUGAUUUGUCCUUAGUCCUUCAUGUCCUUCAUGUUAGAACAUGACAUUUCGAAUCCUUUCACAUAAACAACUAAACAGUACAUUUGUUCUCCUAUGUCAAGGUGUUAAUUUUGCCAUGCAAGCAACUGUGUGAAAGCAUUGGCAUGUGAACACAGGGAGCGUAGAAUAGUGAUGACACAGACAAGUGCUCCAAUAACAGCAGAAACUUAGCAUAGAUACGUUAGAUAAGGGCAUGUUUGUUGUCCCCUUGCUUCUCCGCGGCUGGCUAUGAGUCAUGCGGUUUUAUUACUGUCGGGCACAUUACAGGACAACCGAUGAACUGUAACCUGCCAGACGGGCAGGGAGCUUCUUUGCAAAGCGGGCAUGGCCUUGCAUCGGUCUGUUUGCAUUGUGAGGCAGGUGACCUGAGAGCCUGAGGUUAAUUUGCUCAGGGAGAGUUCUGCUCUUUGGAGCAACAACAUGACUAACUGUGGUCUAACCCACAUCUUGACUAACCCAGACCUUUUAUCUAUCUAUCCAAUUAGCUGGCCCCUCCGCCGGCUGAGCCUGAAGUUCCUGCUGCAGAUGUGAGUUCAACGCCCAUAUUGGCCCUGGGCCUCAGCAUAUGGGUUGUUGUUGAAUAUACUGUAGAUGGUAGAUUGUCUAUCCUCUACGUUGUGGUGGCCACAUUCCAUUACAGUAGUCAUCACACCUCCCCGCGUCUUUCCUUUUUCAGGGCCGACUCACAAAAACACACUUAACACACUCCAAUGUUUCCAGCCUGUGGAUUUUUUAUAAUACUGUGAACUGACACGUUUGUCCCUCUCUCCCUCCCUCUGUUCAUCCCUCCAUCCCGCCAUAGGUUUUUGAGUGAAGUCCAGUUUCCUGACUUUCUUUCUGCAGGGUUUUGGAACUGCGCGCUGGGUGUUUUUCAAUGGCAGAUGGGAACAUGGGUUUACACUGUGUUCGUAGUGCUAAUAGCACACUACACUGGCUCCAUUAUGUAACGUGGAUAGGGCUGGGUUUUUUCCUCAUGGCUUGAGUUGUGUUUCUGCCCCUGGCAGCUUCUCGCUACCAUACGUAAUUAACAUGGUUUCAUUUGUGCGACGACUGCAAAGUAACAAGGUAGUCACUCUGAGUUGUACAGUUUAUUGGUUGAAAUUACCCAACAUCAAAGAAGUGAGCAGCAACGUUUAAGCCUUGUUUAACAUUGUCGACUUAAGUGUUUCAAAUGAAAAGCGAUCCUGAGAUAAGGGUUUUAAAUUAAUGGCCUUUUGUUCCGGCAGCAAGCCACCUUAUGUUAUUAGUAUUUUUUUAGACUCUAAGCCUGCAUGGUUACGUUCCUACCCCACAUCCACCCCAACACACCUCCCACCUUUUCUCUGUUAACUGCAUGAUAUCAUUUGGCACAGUUCCCUGCAUGUCAGGAAAGUGACUAAUGUGCACAGUAUUAACACCCCUCUUUUGUUUUGUUUUUGUUUUCCCUAAUUUCCUUUUUGGACUUGAUUUGCUUUCUGCUAACUCACCUCACCCUCAGGAGCUUGACCCCAACCAGCCCCUGAAGCAACUGGAGGACCAGAGGAGGGUAGGUACAGUCCGGUCUGAUCCUGUCCGGUCCAGUGUCCCCCCCAACCCCCCCCCCCCUCUCUGGCCCACCCUGGCUGGGCUGGUUGUCCUGAUGCACCACUCUGCCCUAGCCUGCAGCCACACUGCUUCCAUAGCAUGCCCACCUACUCACAGGGUUACCCCACUACUAACUAACUGGCCACUGGGUGUGGGUGUCAAUGGGUUUCAGGAGGAAUAUACAAAACUGAUAUGUAUAAAUAUGAAUUGGAACAUUCCGAGGCUCAUGCAAUACCAGGUAUCGAUGGAACUGCAGUUUGGAUGUAAGAUAUCUAAAUAACAGGAGGUUGGGCUGCAGUAAACCCCAGCGGGGUCAAGUUAUGAGGCCUCUAGGCAUCCAGAUGCCGUGAGAUGUGCGUUAUGAGUGGGGUCAAGUCUUUAAACAGGCUGACUCAGCAGGGCAGGAAGUCAGAGGUGAAGGAGAGAGAAGGUAUGUGUUCUUUUGAGAGUCACUGCCAGGCUAAGCUAUAUGGAAUUGUUUUAAGAAGGUCAUACCAAGGAUCAUUUAACUAUUUGAUUUAGAAUUUUAAGACCCAUUUGAAGUAUCAAAAAAAUAUAUUUAAAAAAUAUUUGAUGAGAAUGUUAAGUUGGCCUUACUGCUAUUUGCCCAUGCAAAUGCAUUGAAUACCAGAUUCACUACAUGGAACAACAGAUAGUCCCAAAAGAAAAUCAAAAGGAAGAUAGUUCUGAAGUGUCUGUCCUAUAUCUGAGAGAUACAGUGCCUUGCAAAAGUAUUCAUCCCCCUUGGCAUUUUUCCUAUUUUGGUGCAUUACAACCUGUAAUUUAAAUGUAUUUUUAUACAUGUAAUGGACAUACACAAAAUAGUCCAAAUUGGUGAAGUGAAAUGAAAAAAACUACUUAUUUCAAAGAAUUCUAAAAUAUAAAUAACGGAAAAGUGGUGUGUGCAUAUGUAUUCACCCCCUUUGCUAUGAAGCCCCUAAAUAAGAUCUGGUGCAACCAAUUAACUUCAAAAGUCACAAUUAGUUAAAUAAAGUCCACCUGUGUGGAAAAAAAAACUAUUUGAUCCCCUGCUGAUUUUGUACGUUUGCCAACUGACAAAGAAAUGAUCAGUCUAUAAUUUUAAUGGUAGGUUUAUUUGAACAGUGAGAGACAGAAUAACAACAAAAAAAUCCAGAAAAAUGCAUGUCAAAAAUGUUAUAAAUUGAUUUGCAUUUUAAUGAGGGAAAUAAGUAUUUGACCCCUCUGCAAAACAUGUCUUAGUACUUGGUGGCAAAACCCUUGUUGGCAAUCACAGAGGUCAGACGUUUCUUGUAGUUGGCCACCAGGUUUGCACACAUCUCAGGAGGGAUUUUGUCCCACUCCUCUUUGCAGAUCUUCUCCAAGUCAUUAAGGUUUCGAGGCUGAUGUUUGCCAACUCGAACCUUCAGCUCCCUCCACAGAUUUUCUAUGGGAUUAAGAAAUCCCAUUAAGGCCACUCCAGGACCUUAAUGUGCUUCUUCUUGAGCCACUCCUUUGUUGCCUUGGCUGUGUGUUUUGGGUCAUUGUCAUGCUGGAAUACCCAUCCACGACCCAUUUUCAAUGCCCUGGCUGAGGGAAGGAGGUUCUCACCCAAGAUUUGACAGGAUUUCAGUCCUUCACGGCGUAGUGUGUUACCAAUUGUUUUCUUGGUGACUAUGGUCCCAGCUGCCUUGAGAUCAUUGACAAGAUCCUCCCGUGUAGUUCUGGGCUGAUUCCUCACCGUGCUCAUGAUCAUUGCAACUCCACGAGGUGAGAUCUUGUAUGGAGCCCCAGGCUGAGGGAGAUUGACAGUUAUUUUGUGUUUCUUCCAUUUGCGAAUAAUCGCACCAACUGUUGUCACCUUCUCACCAAGCUGCUUGGCGAUGGUCCCAUUCCAGGCUUGUGUAGGUCUACAAUCUUGUCCCUGACAUCCUUGGAGAGCUCUUUGGUCUUGGCCAUGGUGGAGAAUUUGGAAUCUGAUUGAUUGCUUCUGUGGACAGGUGUCUUUUAUACAGGUAACACACUGAGAUUAGGAGCACUCCCUUUAAGAGUGUGCUCCUAAUCUCAGCUCGUUACCUGUAUAAAAGACACCUGGGAGCCAGAAAUAUUUCUGAUUGAGAGGGGGUCAAUACUUAUUUCCCUCAUUAAAAUGCAAAUCAAUUUAUAACAUUUUUGACAUGCGUUUUUCUGGAUUUUUUUGUUAUUUUUCUGUCUCUCACUGUUCAAAUAAACCUACCAUUAAAAUUAUAGACUGAUCAUUUCUUUGUCAGUGGGCAAACAUACAAAAUCAGCAGGGGAUCAAAUACUUUUUUCCCUCACUGUAAGUGUAACAUGAUCUGUCACAUGAACUCAGUAUAUAUACACCUGUUCUGAAAAGCCCCAGAGUCUGCAACACAACUAAGCAAGAGGCACCACCAAGCAAGUGGCACCAUGAAGACCAAGGAGCUCUCCAAACAGAUCAGGGACAAAGUUGUGGAGAAGUACAGAUCAAGGUUGGGUUAUAAAAAAAUAUCAGAAACUUUGAACAUCCCACAGAGCACCAUUUAAAUCCAUUAUUAAAAAAUUGAAAGAAAUGGCACUACAACAAAACUGCAAAGAGAUGGUCGCCCACCAAAACUCACGGACCAGGCAAGGAGGGCAUUAAUCAGAGAGGCAACAAAGAGACCAAAGAUAACCCUGAAGGAGCUGCAAAGCUCCACAGCGGAGAUUGGAGUAUCUCUCCAUAGGACCACUUUAAGCCGUACACUCCACAGAGCUGGGCUUUACAGAAGAGUGGCCAGAAAAAAGCCAUUGCUUAUUUUUUUCUUUAAACAAACACGUUUGGUGCUCGCCAAAAGCCAUGUGGGAGACUGCCCAAACAUAUGGAAGAAGGUACUCUGGUCAGAUGAGACAAAAAUUGAGCUUUUUGGCCAUCAAGAAAAACGCUAUGUCUGCCGCAAACCCAACACCUCUCAUCACCAUGAGAAAACCAACAGUGAAGCAUGGUGGUGGCAGCAUCAUGCUGUGGGGAUGUUUUUCAUCUGCAGGGACUGGGAAACUGGUCAGAAUUGAAGGAAUGAUGGAUGGCGCUAAAUACAGGGAAAUUCUUGAGGGAAACCUUUUUCAGUCUUCCAGAGAUUUGAGACUGGGACGGAGGUUCACCAUCCAGCAGGACAAUGACACUAAGCAUACUGCUAAAGCAACAUUCGAGUGUUUUAAGGGGAAACAUUUAAAUGUCUUUGAAUAGCCUAGUCAAAGCCCUCAAUCCAAUUGAGAAUCUGUGGUAUGACUUAAAGUUUGCUGUACACCAGCGGAACCCAUCCAACUUGAAGGAGCUGGAGCAGUUUUGCCUUGAAGAAUGGGCAAAAAUCCCAGUAGCUUAUAGAGACAUACAUUUUACAUUUUAGUCAUUUAGCAGACGCUCUUAUCCAGAGUGACUUACAGUUAAUGAGUGCAUACAUUUUCAUACUGCCCCCCCCCGUGGGAAACGAACCCACAUCCCUGGCGUUGCAAGCGCCAUGCUCUACCAACUGAGCUACACGGGGCCCAAGAGACUUGCCGCUGUAAUUGCUGAAAAAGGUGGCUCUACAAAGUAUUGACUUUAGGGGGGUGAAUAGUUACAGUGGGGAAAAAAGUAUUUAGUCAGCCACCAAUUGUGCAAGUUCUCCCACUUAAAAAGAUGAGAGAGGCCUGUAAUUUUCAUCAUAGUUACACGUCAACUAUGACAGACAAAUUGAGCAUUUUUUUCUCCAGAAAAUCACAUUGUAGGAUUUUUAAUGAAUUUAUUUGCGAAUUAUGGUGGAAAAUAAGUAUUUGGUCACCUACAAACUCUCACAGACCUGUAACUUCUUCUUUAAGAGGCUCCUCUGUCCUCCACUCGUUACCUGUAUUAAUGGCACCUGUUUGAACUUGUUAUCAGUAUAAAAGACACCUGUCCACAACCUCAAACAGUCACACUCCAAACACCACUAUGGCCAAGACCAAAGAGCUGUCAAAGGACACCAGAAACAAAAUUGUAGACCUGCACCAGGCUGGGAAGACUGAAUCUGCAAUAGGUAAGCAGCUUGGUUUGAAGAAAUCAACUGUGGGAGCAAUUAUUAGGAAAUGGAAGACAUAAAAGACCACUGAUAAUCUCCCUCGAUCUGGGGCUCCACGCAAGAUCUCACCCCGUGGGGUCAAAAUGAUCACAAGAGCGGUGAGCAAAAAUCCCAGAACCACACGGGGGGACCUAGUGAAUGACCUGCAGAGAGCUGGGACCAAAGUAACAAAGCCUACCAUCAGUAACACACUACGCCGCCAGGGACUCAAAUCCUGCAGUGCCAGACGUGUCCCCCUGCUUAAGCCAGUACAUGUCCAGGCCCGUCUGAAGUUUGCUAGAGUGCAUUUGGAUGAUCCAGAAGAGGAUUGGGAGAAUGUCAUAUGGUCAGAUGAAACCAAAAUAUAACUUUUUGGUAAAAACUCAACUCGUCGUGUUUGGAGGACAAAGAAUGCUGAGUUGCAUCCAAAGAACACCAUACCUACUGUGAAGCAUGGGGGUGGAAACAUCAUGCUUUGGCUGUUUUUCUGCAAAGGGACCAGGACGACUGAUCCGUGUAAAGGAAAGAAUGAAUGGGGCCAUGUAUCGUGAGAUUUUGAGUGAACCUCCUUCCAUCAGCAAGGGCAUUGAAGAUGAAACGUGGCUGGAUCUUUCAGCAUGACAAUGAUCCCAAACACACCGCCCGGGCAACGAAGGAGUGGCUUCGUAAGAAGCAUUUCAAGUUCCUGGAGUGGCCUAGCCAGUCUCCAGAUCUCAACCCCAUAGAAAAUCUUUGGAGGGAGUUGAAAGUCCGUGUUGCCCAGCGACAGCCCCAAAACAUCACUGCUCUAGAGGAGAUCUGCAUGGAGGAAUGGGCCAAAAUACCAGCAACAGUGUGUGAAAACCUUGUGAAGACUUACAGAAAACGUUUGACCUGUGUCAUUGCCAACAAAGGGUAUAUAACAAAGUAUUGAGAAACUUUUGUUAUUGACCAAAUACUUCUUUUCCACCAUAAUUUGCAAAUAAAUUCAUAAAAAAUCCUACAAUGUGAUUUCCUGGAGAAAAAAAUCCUCAUUUGGUCUGUCAUAGUUGACGUGUACCUAUGAUGAAAAUUACAGGCCUCUCUCAUCUUUUUAAGUGGGAGAACUUGCACAAUUGGUGGCUGACUAAAUACUUUUUUUCCCCACUGUAUGUACGCUCCAGUUUUCUGUUUUUUUGUCUUAUUUUUUGCUUGUUUCACAGUAAAAAAUAUGUUGCAUCUUCAAAGUGGUAGGCAUGUUGUGUAAAUCAAAUGAUACAACCCCCCAAAAUCAAUUUAAAUCCAGGUUGUAAGGCAACAAAAUAGGAAAGAUGCCAAGGGGGAGAAUACUUUCGCAAGCCACAGUAUAAGGUAGAUCAAUAAUAUAUAUAUAUAUAUAUUUUUUUUUACAUGUAUUUAACCCCUUAUUUUUGGCACUAAUCAGUCUCCAUACUGUAUAUACUUCCAUAAAUUUUUUCAACUGGUACCGGGGGACUUCAGACAAGUCUUGUGAGGUAUCCUAGAGCAAAACAACCGACAUGUACAGUUGAAGUCGGAAGUUUACAUACACCAUAGCCAAAUACAUUUAAACUCAGUUUUUCACAAUUACUGACAUUUAAUUCUAGUAAAAAUUCCCUGUCUUAGGUCAGUUAGGAUCACCACUUUAUUUUAAGAAUGUGAAAUGUCAGAAUAAUAGCAGAGAGUGAUUUAUUUAAGCUUUUAUUUCUUUCAUCACAUUCCCAGUGGGUCAGAAGUUUACAUACACUCAAUUAGUAUUUGGUAGCAUUGCCUUUAAAUUGUUUAACUUGGGUCAAACUUUUCGGGUAGCCUUCCACAAGCUUCCCACAAUAAGUUGGGUGAAUUUUGGCCCAUUCCUCCUGACAGAGCUGGUGUAACUGAGUCAGGUUUGUAAGGCUUCCUUGCUCGCACACGCUUUUUCAGUUCUGCCCACAAAUGUUCUAUAGGAUUGAGGCCAGGGCUUUGUGAUGGCCACUCCAAUACCUUGACAUUGUUGUCCUUAAGCCAUUUUGCCACAACUUUGGAAGUAUGCUUGAGUUCAUUGUCCAUUUGGAAGAGCCAUUUGCGACCAAGCUUUAACUUCCUGACUGAUAUCUUGAGAUGUUGCUUCAAUAUAUCCACAUCAUUUUCCUUCCUCAUGAUGCCAUCUAUUUUGUGAACUGCAGCAAGGCAUCCCCACAGCAUGAUGCUGCCACCCCCGUGCUUCACGGUUGGAAUGGUGUUCUUCAGCUUGCAAGUUCCCCCUUUUUCCUCCAAACAUAACGAUGGUCAUUAUGGCCAAACAGUUCUAUUUUUGUUUCAUCAGACCAGAGGACAUUUCUCCGAAAAGUACGAUCUUUGUCCCCAUGUGCAGUUGCGAACCGUAGUCUGGCUUUUUUAUGGCGGUUUUGGAGCAGUGGCUUCUUCCUUGCUGAGCGGCCUUUCAGGUUAUGUCGAUAUAGGACUCGUUUUACUCUGGAUAUAGAUACUUUUGUACCUUUUUCCUCCAGCAUCAUCACAAGGUCCUUUGCUGUUGUUCUGGGAUUGAGUUGCACUUUUCGCACCAAAGUAUGUUAAUCUCUAGGAGACAGAACGCGUCUCCUUCCUGAGCGGUAUGAAGGCUGCGUGGUCCCUUGGUGUUUACACUUGCGUACUAUUGUUUGUACUGAUGAACGUGGUACCUUCAGGCGUUUGGAAAUUGCUCCCAAGGAUGAACCAGACUUGUGGUGGUCUACAAUUUUUUUUCUGAGGUCUUGGCUGAUUUCUUUAGAUCUUCCCAUGAUGUCAAGCAAAAAUGCACUGAGUUUGAAGGUAGGCCUUGAAAUACAUCCACAGGUACACCUCCAAUUGACUCAAAUGCCUAUCAGAAGCUUCUAAAGCCAUGACAUCAUUUUCUGGAAUUUUCCAAGCUGUUUAAAGGCACAGUCAACUUAUUGUAUGUAAACUUCUGACCCACUGGAAUUGUGAUACAGUGAAUUAUAAGUGAAAUAAACAAUUGUUGGAAAAAUUACUUGUGUCAUGCACAAAGUAGAUGUCCCAACCGACUUGCCAAAAUUAUAGUUUGUUAACAAGAAAUGUUUGGAGUGGUUGAAAAACAAGUUUUAAUGACUCCAACCUGAGUGUAUGUAAACUUCUGACUUCAAUUGUACGUGUUCGUGAGAGUCUCACCUUUCCACAGAGGGGUCAUAUUAGUAUGUAGCCCAACUGUUCGGCCACUACUGUCAGAAGUUGGCAGAUCGGCUGUACCGACUUGAGAUGAGUCCCAAGAACUUGUGGAGCAAAACAGAGAACACCAUCGUGUUCGUGACCGUCUCAUCUUUCCAUAGAGGGGUCAUAAUAGUUUGUAGGCCAAAUCGUUCAGACGCUCUAGCUCUUUCACCUUUCACCACAGAUGCGGAAGUGGUGCGGUGGAUUGAGACGCAUCCAAUGCAAAAACAAAAAGAUAUCUCUAGUUUAAACUGACAGAUUUUAAUGGGGAUUUUUUUUUUAUGCUAAUUUGAUUUCCACGGGGGCGCAGAAAUCGACUCUAGGGUUUAUCUCAUGAUGAUGAUGUAGGCUCCAUCCUCUGACAUCACCUCUUUCCACCAGGGUGAAGCCCUGAGGCAGAUUCUGGUGAAUCGUUACUAUGGGAACAUCAAGCCUGCGGCCAGAAGAGACAGUGUGACGACGUUCAUCAAUGGUCCUGUCCCCCCUGGAACAGAAGGGAAACCUCGAGCAGGUACCUGUCUGUCUCUGUAUCUCUGUGUCACUCUGUAUCUGUUUGUCUGAACUGGCUGACAUAUACAGUGGGGUCCGGAAUUAUUGGAUCCCUUGAUAAAGAUGAGAAAAAAAAUAUUAUAAAAUAAAUAACACAAAUACUGAACUACAGGUAACUGACAAUAUAAAGGAAACACUUGAGUAAAUGAGGGAUACAAAGGAUAUUGAAAGCAGGUGCUUCCACACAGGUGAGAUUCUUGAGUUAAUUAAACAAUUAACAUCCCAUCAUGCUGGGCAGGCCAUUAUUUUGGCUACCAUGUCUAUGCCCCCACAGGAUGAAAAUGCCCCCAUCCACAGGGCACGAGUGGUCACUGAAUGGUUUGAUGAGCAUGAAAACGAUGUAAACUAUAUUCCAUGGCAGCCUCGGUCACCAGAUCUAAACCCAAUUGAACACUUGUGGGAGAUUCUGGAGCGCCGCUGAGAGCGUUUUCCACCACCAUCAACAAUUAUGGAAUUUCUUGUAGAAGAAUGGUGUUGCAUCCCUCUAAUAGAUUUCCAGACACUUGUAGAAUCAAUGCCAAAUUGCAUUAAAGCUGUUCUGGCUCGUGGUGGCCCAACGCCCUAUUAAGACACUUUAUGUUGGUGUUUCCUAUAUUUUGGCAGUUAAAAAUGCAAUUAUUUUGGGGCCUCCCGAGUGGCGCAGCGGUCUAUGCCACUGCGUCGCAUUGCUUGAGGCGUCACCACAGACCCGGGUUCGACCCAGCGUCAUCCGGGUUAGGGGAGGCUUUACUUGGCUUAUCGUGCUCUAGCAACUCCUUGUGCCGGGCAGGGUGCCUGCAGGCUGUUUCCUCUGACACAUUGGUGCGGCUGGCUUCCGGGUUAAGCAGGCGGGUGUUAAGAAGCGCGGUUAGGCAGUUCAUGUUUCGGAGGACGCAUGACUCGACCUUCACCUUUCCCGAUCCCGUUGGGGAGUUGCAGCGAUUAGACAAUAUCGCAAUUGGAUAUCACGAAAUUGGGGGUAAAAAAUCAAUUAUUAUUUUAUACUAAUACAAUUGAUCAGAGAAAUAUAUUUUGUUUAACAAGUAAUAAAACAAAAUCUGAAAAAGAUCAGGGUCAAAAUUAAUACUCCAGCAGCCUCCCCUUGCAAGGAUAACGACACUGAGCCAUUUUCUAAAAUGUUUUAUGAGAUUGAAGAACUCAUUGGGAGGGAGAACACAUUGUUCUUUCGAAGGCCAAACCCACCAUUGGUGUCCGUGGCCAAAGAUAUCUAUUUUCAUGUCAUCUGACCAUAGCUCCGCCUGGAGUUUACAACUGCUUUGGCAUGUGAAACGAAAAUAGAGGUCUUUCCCACACCAGCAGUUGGUUUGGCCUUCGAAAGAACAAUGCAUGUGCAAAAAAUAUUUAAUCCCUACUGUAAAAUAUGGUGGUGGAUCUUUGAUGUUAUGGGGCUAUUUUUCUUCUGCUGGUACUGGGGGCUUUAUUAAGGUCAACGGCAUCAUGAACUUUACCAAGUAUCUGGUUGCCUCUGCCAGGAGGCUGAAACUUGGCCGGAAGUGGAUCUUCCAGAUAGACAAUAACCCCAUGCACACAUCAAAAACCAUAAAGAAAUGGUUAAUUGACAAAAAGUAUAUAUUUUGCAAUGGCCUUCUUAGUCUCUGGACUUGAACUAAAUUGAAAACCUGUGGUUUGACUUGAAGAGGGCAGUCCAUAAGCACAGUCGAAGGAUGUCAAGGAUCUGGAAAGUAUCUGUAUGGAGGAAUGGUCUAAGACCCCUCCCAAUGUGUUCUCUAAUCUCAUAAAACAUUUUAGAAAAAGGCUGUGUUGUUACCCUCGCAAGGGGAGGGUGCUGGAGUAUUGAAAACAGGGGGAUCCAAUCAUUUUGACCACUAUCUUUUUGAGAUUGUAUUUUUUACUUGUUAAACAAAAUAUUUUUCUCUGUGCAAUUGUGUAUAUAUAUAUAUAUAUAUAUAUAUAUAUAUAUAUAUAUAUAUAUAUAUAUAUAUAUAUAUAUAUAUAUAUUGUAUACAAUAUAGCUCAUCUUUAUCAAGGGACCCCACUGUACAUCUCAAUACCUCAGAGUAUUAAAGCAUGUUGAAGUGGUCCAGACUCUAAUCAGGGUGAUGAGUCAUGGUUGGUCUCUUCUCCAUGCCUGGAGAAUAGGAAUGAGUUCCUUCCUGUUCACGCUCCUGUCUGCCUGCCUGCCCACCCAUGUCCUCCAUUAAGACUUUGGACCCAGGCUCUGUCCCUCAGCAUUUGAGCAAUCUCCUCUGACUGAGCCAAGCCGUGCUGUUGCCAGGCGACCAGAGAGACGGGCUCUAGAUUAUAAUGUUUUGUGGAGUGUGGACACCUGCUCCCACAGCCAGAGAGUGGCCCUCUGGGUAACAUUAUCACACAUCUGCUUCCUUGUGUGGCUGGAGCAGGUGUCCUCACUGGACAAGGCUAGCUAGUCUUAGCUAGGAAAUACAGCUAUUUUCAAGACAUGGAAUGAUCUUCACUAUACUUUUGGCAUCCUGUUUUUGGUUUAGUUUAGAGAUCAUAUCCAUCAAGAUUCAUCUCAUUAAAUGAUAUAAUAAGCAAAUGAUGCAGUGAAUCAAUGAACAGGAAAGAGACAGACGGAUCUCUUUAAUCUGCCCAUCUGGCAAUCCUCUUGAGUGAGGAAAUCCCUGUGAGAUGAUGGAAUUGUACUUUUACUCUCAUUUACAGUGACAGGUUCUCCUGUAUGUAUGUCUUUCCUCCUUGUUCUGGCUCUUGAUGGCGCUCUCCCUGUCUCUCUCUCCCCGUCUCUCUCUCCCCGUCUCUCUCUCCCCGUCCCUCUCUCCCCGUCCCUCUCUCCCCGUCCCUCUCUCCCCGUCUCUCUCUCCCCGUCUCUCUCUCCCCGUCUCUCUCUCCCCGUCUCUCUCUCGCUCUCUCUCCCCGUCUCGCUCUCUCUCCCGUCUCUCUCUCCCUGUCCUUCCCCAGUGGUGAGUUCAGGGGCGGCCGCGGCCCGAGGGGAGCUGACCCUGCAUGAGGUCCAGUGCCGUCUGGAUAAAGAGGGUGCAUCCGACCUGGUAAUCGACCUCAUCAUGAAUGCCACGAGCGACCGUAUCUUCCAGGAGAGCAUCCUAUUGGCCAUCGCCCUGCUGGAGGGCGGGAACACGGUCAUCCAGGUGAGAGUUAACCCGUGCCAGGGGCACAAUGUGAUAUGAGUAGAACAUGUUAGAGAAGAGGUAGAGUGGGAGAGACUGGGCCCAGAGGAGGAGAGCAGGAAGUGGAGGCAGAGCAGGAACUAAUGGUCUGUCUGCUGGGAGAGGUCCAAGCUCUGAGCUCUGAGUAGCUCCCCAAUGCGUCACUACCUCCCCUCCUCUCAGCCAGCCAGAAGGGGUUGCUAUGGCAACAAACCUAAUUACUUCUCUGACUGCACAGCAAGGUUAAGAGAGGGACAUGGGGAAAGUGGGGGGGAGCGGGGUGGCUGAUUGUUGGGCAGUUACAUUUUCUUACUUUGCGCCUGCGUUUUGUGUGUGUGUGUGUGUGUAUGUUUAUCUCUGUGUGAGCUAAUGCAUAAACAGGCCUGUUGCAUAAUAGGGCUUGUAUUUGUAUAGUGGUUUACCUGAUGAACCUUGGCUUGGCUUCCCACAGCACAGGCAGUUUACUCAAAGGCCCUCACACAUGACUCCUGUUACAUAACCACAGCAUGUCACUGGAUGAAUAAUGCAGAGACCACAGUGCCUUAUUAACUGGGUCUCACUGUGCUGUCAGAACAAGGGAAGGUGUAUAGAGGAGGAGCAGCCCUGGGAGCCCCAAUGUUCCAGACAGACCAGACACCUGUAG